AUGAUAUCACAUUUCUUGCAGAAGAUGGAUUAUUUUGUACUGUUUAUGUGGACUUUACCUGUCACUUUACUCAAGUGUACCUCUAUGCAAUUUUUGACAAUCCUAUGGAUUGGAUGCUUAGACAAGGCAGGUUAUUUAAAUAUAUAUUUUAACAUGUAUUAAUUUAUUGCAUUUUAUUUUUAUUAUUAUCACUACAUUUAUUAUUUGUUUUAUUUCAGACUUUUCAACUCUGCUGCCUCUAUUGUGUGUCAUUCGCAGCAUCCUUAAACGGUGAUGGCGAAAUUGGCGGUUUAAAUCACGGUUUGUACAUAGUAUUGACAUUAUUUUCCGUGCAUGUAGUAUACAUAUAUUUAUUCCCAAAACAUGCUCACUGACUAUGUAGAACUGUUGUUAAAAAAAAAAUCAGGGAUCUUUUCACUAAACAGUGAUUUGCGGUGUGUUGACAGUCAUAUUGCAAGAAAAGGCUAAAAUUUAAUAGUUGUAAAAAAAAUUUAGAACAUUGUUGAAUUAUUAUUUUAUAUUUUUUUAAACUGGAAAUGUUGGCAUACAUUUUUGGAAGUGAUUGAUAAGUAGUCAGCUCAUUUAACUGUUUAGCAGAUAGACCCCUAUAUAAAUAAAAUGUUAGUUCAAAUUUAUUAGCGGGUAAAUAUUGAAAUGUGUCACUGUUUCAUUUAGGGGGUACAGGUUCCAGUAGGUACCACUAUGAAAUAUUUGUGCAUACCCAAAGAUUAAAGAGCCCUGGCUGUACUACAUAUGACUGAACAUAAGGCUAUAAAAUAAGGGCCAUUAUAUAGGUAUGCAAUAGAACAGGUAUAAAACCUUUAAUGUUUAACCCUCUAGGGUACCAUUUUCUGUUGGAAUUUUUUGUCACUCUGCGUAUCAUUUCACAUUUUUUAUGGUCACAUCUGUUUGUAUGGUCUUGGGGUUUUAUACAGCUGCUUUUUAUUACCUAUGCAUUUGUUCUAUAAUUUAAAGAUUUGACUGCUCACAAAUCGGCAUUUUUAUUUAUGACGCAACAAAUCCAUAUUUUCUCGGCCAAGAGCAGGAAUCCACUCAAAAUAUUGAAUAACCAUUGUCAAAUCUUGAAGGGAAACUGUUGUUAAAGUGGUUUUGUCCAUCGAAAUAUUAUUUCCAUAAAUCAAAAUUAAAACAAUAUUACCAACAGAUGAAUGCUAUUUUUUGACAUUUGACAUUGUAGUUUCCACUUCUAGUUUAGUUUCAAUGUGGAGGUGUUUAUCUUAAAUUUCAUCACAUCACUAUAAGCACAAUGACAUGACAGCUGUUGAAUGCUGGUUAAAAAAUGUCUGCACAGACCAUGUGAUGUCAGCAGCCAAUCAGAACCUAGGAUUUAAACAGUGGAACUGAUAUGCUCACAUCAUUCCAUUGUAUAAAAAGAGUAUGUCCAAAACAAGUCCAGUUUGGUAACAGUUACAAGGAGAAUAGUUUCCAUGUAUCGAUACUGUCACAGAUAAGCAAAACAGCAUUGACAUCCAUUUUAGCAGACAUGGUUUCCCAUUUCACCUGUUUGUGUUUACUUCCUGUGCAAGGAGCAUCUGUAGUAGAUGAAUAGUGCACAGAAAAAGGAUGACCUCAAUCUUAAAAAAAACACUCCCAGACUUUAUGUUCUAAAUAUAAAAAUAUAAAAAAUAUACAUAUAUCGAAGUACAUAUAUCGAAGAAAUUUCAAAUUGUAGAUCAAAAUAGAAGUACUGGAUACAUUUUCCAAGCUAUGUGUCCAGUUGGUCUGUUUUAGCGUAAAACGUUCACUUUGAAUUCUUUACAAUUCACACCUUAGUGAAUACUACUGCAAAAAAAAAGUGUUGGGUAGAUUGUUAAAUAUAUUGAGAGGGCUGAGAAGGCUGAGAGGGCUACUCAUAUGAGUGUUAAUUGCUUGGAAUUAAAACUGACUUUAAAGUAAAGUUCAGUUGUAAAGCCAAGAUAGAUGAAUUUAAAAAAAUCAGCCUAAAAUUCACUUCAAAUUCCCUUUUAAUUUCCAGUAAUUCCCAUUUUAGCGAAUAAAACUGCAAUAAAUAUUUCUGUUUUAUGAGUAAAUACUGAAAAAAAUACUCUUUAACACUGUCUAAUCUGCUAGUUCAAUUAAAAUGUAAACAAAAUGGCCUCCCCAUGUCAGGCAGAUUUGAGAAUUGCUCUGAUUAGUGUUAAUCUUGACAUUGUGUUUAUAAACAGUUUACUAUUCUGUUUAAUUGAAUAAUAACAAACACAACACAAAAUCAAACAAAACUAACAAAAAACAACGUAAGUCUAUCUUAAUGUUUUCAGGUUUUGUAUGGUUCACUAAUUUAAAACAUUUCUUUAAUCAAAAACAAGCAGUUUUUAACUUUAUAUAUUUUUUUCUUUACUCAAACACAGUUUUUUUGUCUGUGUAACCCUUUGCUAACAGGAUUAAUUUACUGUCAAGUUUAAUGACUAGGCCCCACAGCGGGGCUGUAAAAUCCAGCCCUCUCUGUGAUAUAAUGAAUUAAUGACAGGUCUAGAGCAUGCUAUCUGCAAGGCUUUUCAGGGUUGCAAAGAAAGUGUCUGCUCCUGCAGAUGUUGUUUCCUGCAGCCUCAGUCUGAUGGGUUUUGGGAACCUCUGCUAUUCAUUUAUUUUACCAUGAGCAAAGCCCUUGAUGUAUUAUUGAGUAGUAUUACUAAUCAUAUAUAGGUCUCCACUGCUAGUUCAACUCAGUAGCUCCUUUGGACAUGCAGUUUAUUCCCCUUUAAGCUAUAAAAUGGUACUGUGUUGACAGGAGGCAACGGUGUUACAGAACGGAGCUAGAUAUGUACCUGUGAGAAACAGGCGGAGGAAAACUUGUAUUAUUGUGGAGAGUUGCACUGAAAAGUUCUCUAAAUAGAGCAAUCUCCACAGAAGCCAACUGGACAGUUUAUUUGUUGCCAUGGUGACUGCAUCACGAUUACAAAUUUUGUACAGUUUUCUAUUGACAAUAUACUAUAAACCCCCCCCCCUACACACACAUUUUAUUUAAGUAACACAACGCUGUCCAGAUGUGCAACUCCCACCGUUACCAACAUCCAUCAGCUGUAAUCCUAUGUUAGAACCAGGUGGUGAUUGAUUACAAUGGGAAUUGUAGUGUAAGAGGUUUGGGGGCCACAGCAGCCCAGCAUUACAAUGUUGGUUACAAAGGUAUUCAGCAGGGAUCUGAAAACUCUGGCCCCCUGACGGCUUACAAUUCCCAGAAUUAUUUGGAUGUAAUAGAUGGUCAUAGAAGCAUGGGAGAGAGAGAACAGCAACAUCUGGUUGCAGAGAUGUAACUAGAAAUCACUGGGCCCCAGUGCGAAAAUUGCUUUCGACCCCCUCUCAAGCAUCUCAUCCCACCCAGUCCCUCCAGGUGUGUCAUUGUCUCUGUCCCAGCCCCCCAUGUGUGUCAUUCCCACCGUUCUAGCCCCUCCACGUGUGUCACUCCAUCUGCCCCAGCCCCUCCAUGUGUGUCAUUCCCUCCAUCUCAGUCCCACCAUGUGUGUCACUCCCUCCAUCCCAGCACGUCCAUGUGUGUCAUUCUUUCCCCACUACUGUUUCUGUGUGUGUGCACAAGAUGCAUUGUGUGUUUCUGUGUGUGUGUAAAGGAUGCGUUGUGUGUUUCUCCAUGUGUAAGGGAUUGAUUGUGCAUGUCUUUGUGUGCAAGGGAUGUACAUGUGUGUGUGCAUUUGUAGGGAUGCAUUGUGUGUUUAUGUGUGUGUGUGUAUGUAGGGAUGCAUUGUCUGUUUCUGUGUGUGUGUGUGUGUGUAUGUAGAGAUGCAUUGUGUGUGUGUGUUGAAAUGCAUUGUGUCUGUGUGUGUGUGUAUGUAGGGAUGCAUUGUGUGUAUGUGUGUGUUGGGAUGUACUAUGUGUGUAAGUAGGGAUGCAUUGUGUGUGUGUGUGUGUGUGUAGGGAUGCAGUGUGUGUGUAGGAAUGCAUUGUGUGUGUGUGUGUAUGGAUGCAUUGUGUGUGUGUGUAGGGAUGCAUUGUGUGUGGUGAUGCAUUGUGUUUGUGGGAGCGUGUUUGCUCGGUAGGAUAGGGGCUAUGGGGGCUGGAAAGAAAACAUAUUUUGUUAAUACAUAUAUCAGUUUGGUAACUCAAAGUAGGUUCCUCAGUGCCAAAGCCAUAGACUACUCUGGUAGCACUCUGUGGAAGGAAGGUCAGAUGUUUUCAUAUUGUUAUUAGAAUUUUAAUCUAAUCUAUAAUGCUUCAAACUGUGUCUGAUUUUGUUUUGUUUUAGCAGGUGUAUGGGAAUGUGUCUGUCUUUGCACAGAUUAUUUCCCACAAAGGAGACGAUUUAAUCCGUGCAAAGUAAAAUGCACAAGAAUCCCAAUUUCCCCCCCCCAAAUUGAAUCCCCAAAACACUUCACCGAGACUUAUGAAAAACGUGGCAUAUUAUCUUAAAGGUUCUGCCAAACUGUGAACAUGUUGGAUGUAUAUUUAUCAAAUUCUUGCUAGUGCACAGAAUAAAAUUGUAUCUAAACUUGAGUUUUCAUUUAACAAAGUAGCAUAAUUGAGGAACCCACAAAUUUAUAAAUCUGUUAUAUACAUGUUACAAUAUGCAAUAUGUUACACGCAUGGUGGUCGUUCAGCCUUGGUAUCACAAAGGUUCUCUUAGUGGUAAAGAGUGCCCCGAUGAGAUGUUUCUGUUUAAGACCUGCAUGGGGUUGCUUUGUAGUGCGAAUAGAAGUCUCUCCCACCUCUGAUACGGCAGCAACAUCAGUAGAGUGUAUUGCAGAUGUUUACAAUAGCGUGCCCGGGCAAACACUGCAGUUAAGGUUUUAAACACUGGAUUUUCCUUUGUAAAUCUCCCUUUUAAUCCUCUAUCCAUUUGGGAGCUCCAAUUGGAGAAGGGAUAAUCACUACAGCCUCCCGCUGUUGACAAAUCUAUGAUAAAUGACAAAAUGAGAUUCCUUCCAGUUUAACAUAUCCUUUUCUGUACACCAAAACAAGACCAAAACAUCAUCUCAUAUUGCCCCAAGCACAUAGUCUUCAUUGAUUUCAAGUCUACUGUAGUAUGUUUGAUAUUGCUAUGAUAAAGACUCUGUUUACCUUUCCCCAAAUUUUACCUACAUGUUAAUUAGCUAUUACUCAUGGUAGCUUAGUUGUCUUCAAAGAGGCAAUGCAACAAAAAUUCUGAUCUUUGCUGCAGAAUUAAAAGGAAACUAUCACUUUUUAGAUUUUUUUAAUAUUAUGUUUAUAUAUCCCUAUAUUUAACAAAUAUAUUUUUGUGAGGUGCGAAAAAUACAUUUAAAAUGGGAAAUCCAUACUUCUUUAUUUUACAACUGGAUGUUGCCACCUUAGCCUCCUGUCAAUCAUUGCUACAAGAUCUGUCCUUUGCACCUGGCAGUCAGAAUAGAGAAAGCUUCUUCUCCUCAUAUGCAAUGUUUGCUGUGGCUUUGCCUUGUCUAAACUGUUUUUAAAUGGUAUUUGCUAAAUAUUUAAUAUACAUAUAAAUAUAAUAUAAUUAUUUAAUAUAAUAUUAAUUAAUAUAAAUUUAAAUGACAACGGGACAUCAAGGUUAACACGUUACAGGCAAUUUUUAAUGUUUGUGAACUAAAAAUUCUGCAUGUAGCUUUUUCUCUCGUUGUCCAUGGUUUAGAGCAGGGAUUGGCAACCAUCAGCAUUCCAGAUGUUUUGGACUUCAUCUCCCAUAAUGUUCUUACACCCAUAAUGCUGGCAAAGCAUUAUGGGAGGUGUAGUCCAAAACAUCUGGAGUGCCGAAGGUUGCCUAUGCGUGAUUUAGAGGAUCCUCAUUGCCGUCAAGUUUUCUCUGUUCAUUAUCAACGCAAGACAAGCCGAUCGAAAAGGCCUGGUAAUGCAAGAAACAACUUUCCUUUAAGGGAUUUGCAGACAUGAUAACAUUUCGAUUUUUAAAAUUAAUUACUGUUGCCAAACUUAAAAUAUAGUAAAAUAUCAAGUUGGUAUGUUGAAGGGGCACUUUCAGGAUUAUGUGAAUAAAGCACCGAAAGGGUUGAUGACGUUUCCCAGAAGUUGACCUUGGGUGACAAUAGUGAAUCAUUGUCGAACUGUAGAAAUGUCAGGAAGUAGCUUUAGUUUUGUUCUCUAGACAGUGAAGCUGUAGACUUGACAUUCGAUGGGAAGAAUUCACAGAAAGAUUGUCUAGAGCCUAGCUUUCAAGCACCGCAGCUGGUCGCCAGAUAUCCUUAACCUUAGAAAGCCUUAGGAUUGUUGCUAAAUUGCAUCAUGGGGAAUUUGUUCCGACACAGUGAAUGGAAGAAUGCUGAGAAUAUAUUGAUUCCAAGAACAGUCAUGACACUAAUGUCAUAUUAUAACCUGUAACAUGUACCUCUAACAGUAAUAUUAAUAUAUUAUAUAAUAGUAUGAUAGUAUCUAUAAUAUGCCCUGUGGUUUCUACAUUAACCAUGCAAUGAAACUGGAUAUAUCGGUUAUGUCUCAAGGUUAGACCCAGACAAAUAGGAUUGUUACUUUGUUAUUUCAAGCUAUCACUCUAAUUACCAUAAGAACGUUGCACUAUUGCCAAAUGGGUGGUGCUUAGAGCACCCUGAGCCCAUUUUAAUUUCUUAGAGUGGGCUAUGGUGGCAACGAUUUGUAAAAAUCGCUGCUGCUUAGGACACCCUUCUACGUCUGUCACUCAAGCAGCUCCAGAAUACCUAAAAGGACAAUAAUGUCUCAAUGAAGUGGUAUGGGUGCAGUGGUCCCGCAUGUGUAACCAUUGGGAAAAAAAACUUGCCAUUUUGCAGAAGGGGCAAUGUUUGCAUUACAGGGUUAAACACCAAUCUAGUGGCUGUCAUACUGACAGUCACUAGAGGCAUUUCUACUGCAAUGAUUGAAUAAAACCCAGUCACAGUACAUGGCAGCUCAUAGGAAAGCAUUAAAUCCAAUACUUUGCUAUGGGAAAGCUUGGUUACAUGAUUGGCAUUAGGUUCCCAAUGCUCCUUUUAGGAGCACUGGAUUGGACCAUCAAUGGAAAAGGCCAUACCACCUCAAUGACAUUGCGGGAGGCAGAGAGGUGAGCAGUGCCGAGGAAGUCUCAGCAGUGGAAAAAGGUGAGUUAUUAAUUUUAUAGCACAUGGGGGAAGGGGAUGUGGACAGGGGAUGUGGACAGGGGAUGUGGACAGGGAUGCUGUAAUGUUCAGAAUACAGGUUUGUAUUGCUAACACUAUAGUGUUCCUUUAAGUAACACACCAGCAUGGUAAAUAAAUAAAUUUAUUUAUAAUGCUGGUGUGUUGGUGAGUAGUUAACCUACCUUUAAUCUUGCAAGAAAGUCUCCUUUCUCCUCUUGCUCUGCUCCACCUCCAGGAGAUCAACAGUAUUUAUGUUCUCCUCAACAUCCUAUGCUUCGUAUAAAGAAGCAUUAGGACAUAGGGUGCAUGUUGUGAGACACAGGGUGCAACGUGGAUUAAAUCCAAUGCUUCUUUUUUAGACUUCUAACACUCUCCUGGCUGCCUGAUUGAUAGCUGAGAGUUUGCAACGUUUGCAAAUGUUUUAUUAAAGGGCCACAUUCUCUUGAAAUAGGUACUUUUAUAAAAUAAAAAAAGGAAGGUUACUAGAUAGGAAGGUAGAUACUGUUGAUUAAUACCAAUCUAAUUAUAUGAUUUCAGAUUAUAUCUUUGUAACACCUAUUGAAGUGGACUCCAAUGGAGCUUACAUUUCGCAUGAUACUUUGCACAGUAGCAGGAAAAGAAGAUCAACAAAAAGUUCAAAGAUUUCGCUACACUAUAGAAUCUCAGCAUUCGGCCAGGAACUUCAUUUGGAACUGCAGUCUUCAUCUGUUGUAUCGAAAGAUUUUGCUGUGCAAAUUUUUGAUAAAGAUGGAUUUUCAGCAGAUGUGGAGCAGAACUUGGAUCAAUGCUUCUAUCAAGGAUUUAUCAGAGGCCAUACAAACUCGUCUGUUGCCAUAUCUACAUGUGUGGGCAUGGUAAGUCAUUUUAAAUACUUCUUAAAAGAGAACUAACCUGACACAGGGUGCAAAAGUUUAUAUCAAUUUUAAGACAAAUCCUUAUGUUUAAACGUGUGGAAAUAUUUUUCUUGUUUAGUGUAUUGACCAUCUGCCACAGAAUGACUGAUACAUUUGCUAUGGUCAUAAAACAAUCAUAUAAAAUGAAUGUCCCCAUAACUAAUACAAUGCAAAUUCAAUCCUUAUGCCUUAAAAAAAUAUAUACAUUUCUUAAAAUCAUAGAGGAAAGCACCAACAUAACAUGUUAGAUAAAUGGUACACUAAUAAUAUAAUUGUUUUGAUUUAUUGAUAUUCAUGUAUGCUUUUUCUCUCAUACUUACAUUAAAAAUAAAGUUAAACAUACAUUUAUGCAUCAUGCUAGUGGGGUAACUAAUGUAGAGAGGGUCUUGGUGGAAAAAAAAAUGUAGGAGCAGGAGUGGCCAAAACUCUCACGGAGCUUUGUAAACUGUAGAUCUUCCCAUCCUUGCAGUGUUGUGUGCGUGUCAUUUUUUAAUGUAUAUGUCUAAAUAACUGAUGUCAGAAUACAGGAGUGUAUUUGAGUCUAGUGUUGGUGUUUGGAUGCAAUGGAGUGUUUUUGUGGUGUUAGUAUUUGAAUGCAGGUGUGUGUUUGUGUGUGAUGUUGGUGUUUGCAUGUAGGUAUGUGUUCACAUAAACAGAUGCACAUUGCCACAUACAGAAACACACAGACACUGCCACACAAAGAUGCAAACAGACACUACCACACAUAUAUGUCCAUAGACAGAUACCCACUUAGACUCACUCCAAGACAUACACACUGACACACACAGAUUUGAACACAUGAACAGAUACACUGAUAUACAAACACACACAUGCACAGAUACACACACUAAUACACAUGCACAGGUAUACACACUGACAUACAUGCACAUAUACACGCAUAUUUACACAUGCCCAAUUAUACACUGACACGCAUACACCGAUAAACACAUUGACAGACAUGCACAUAUACUCACACACAGAUGCACCCACUGACACAUAUGCACAUAUACACACAUAUGCACAGACAUAUACAUUGACAACAUAUGCACAGAUAUACACACAUGCAUAGAGUUCUGGGGCCCCUGUCUAAUCCCUGUGACAUAGGUGGCAGCCUAGGGUAGCCUUAUGGUUAAUCCUGCUCUGGUUCAAUAUUCUAUGGUGUACGAAUAAAUUCUACGUAAGUUGAUUUCGAAAGGCACUGUAGACUCAAAUAGGUAAGGAGUGCCAAGUUUUAGGUGGUUUUAUGUUAUUGUCAUGGAGUUUAGUUAUUUAACAUCUAACUUACUUAUUGAAACUCUAAGAUUAGAGUAUUGGUUAUAUCCAAUUCCAUACCUGUUAACCGAUUAAUAUGUUCUUUUUUUAUGUCAUUACGCUGGUAUUUCAUGUAAAUUCUGACAUUUUAAUUUGCUACACAUAGUACUAUGCAUGCUGGCUGGUCACCUGUCCAAGCAACAUGAUGGAAGACAACUGUUGAAUUGGCUGAGAUUAAAUUUUUUUGCAUAAAGCCUUAUAUAAUUACUGAAUAUGAUUCCUUUUCUUUGGUGUGAACUGCAGAAUGUGGAUACCUAGUGCAAACUCUCCUCCCCCUUCUCCCCCAAAAUAAAAAACAGCAACAAUAAAAAUACUCGUACAUUGUCAGGCACAUUAAAUUUCAGUAAAGAAGUGGGAACCAACAGUGUAUUUUGGCAAGUCCAAGAAUUGGCAAACAUUAUGGGAGACAUGGUACACAGCUUCUUCUGGAAUGGCAGUUUCCACAUCUCUUAUUUAGGGCACUAAAAGGCUUUGAACUACCCCUAAUUACAGGUAUACCCUAGAGCAGGACUAGGCAACCUUUGGCACUCCAGAUGUUGUGGACUACAUCUCCCAUAAUGCUCUUACAUCCAUAAUGUUGACAAAGCACCAGGGGAGAUGUAACCAACAACAUCUGUGUUGCCGAAGGUUGAACACCCCUGUCCUAGAUUAUGGCUUAGAGCAGGAGUAGGGAACUCUAUAUCUUGUGGACUAUGUCUUCCAUAAUGUUCUUACAGCUAUAAAGUUGGCAAAGCAUCACGGGAAAUGUAUUUCAUAAUAUCUGGAGUGACGCAGGUUGCCUACUCCUGGUUUAGAGGUUAUUAGAGCUUACUUGUUAUACUAAGACUUUAAAGUAAAUUUCAGAUUUAAGGCCAGAAUAGCAGAAGUGAAAGGAUAGGUGAAUUAGAUAAUUUCCCAGUUUUCUAUUUUGACCUUAAAGAGAUUGACCUCGAAUUCUCACUUUAGUUAAUUAACUUGUAAAUGUGUUACAGCCCUUACUUCCUGUAGUCUAUAGCAGAUGACUAGUUUUUUACUUCAUCAAGGAAGUAGUUUUAAAAGAAAGAUGCUUGUGUGAACAAUUUGACACUAAUGAUGCUUUAGUUAAGAACAACAGAGGGUCGUCGGCUCAGCUGGCAAUAGGUAAAGGGUCUGUCUUACUGAAUGGGCCUGGAGCUCCAUUGACACCUCUCAUAAUCCAUCAUCUAUGUCAGUGGAUGGAGGAGAUGACCUAUCUAAAUAAAAAUAAACCCCUUGUAAGGAACAUCUUCAUUUAUUUUUCUAUACACAUGUUAGGCCCAUUUAAUUAAUAAUAAAUAAAUAUGGACAGGGCUGACAGCCAUGUUGUGAAGUUAAAAACAUGUGGGAAAAAAAUAAUAAUAUUAUAUGUUAAAUGAGCAAUGUAUUCCCAAAAUCGCCUUUUUGAAGUGACAGUAGCUCUAGCAUUACUUCUUGGCACAGCAUCCCACAAUUAGAAACCUCUAUUCCCCAUCUGAAGUGAACUAGAGAACUCAGAAUCCUGGUGGUGCUGGUGUGAGAGAUAUGCCUGAUCGCUCUGCCUCCAGCCUGCCAGAAAUAGAGCCUUUGUGAUUGAGCCCUGCCCAAACCCUGCCCAACUCUAUUCAGUGACUAUCAUCGUUGGGUCCAGUAAGGAACCUCUUUUGUAUCUAACUUAAGACCUUACUGAGGUCCCAAGGCCCAUGGCCCUGCAAUAUGGAGAAGCUUAAUGAUACAUUUUACAACUUUUGGGUGGAACUAGCCAGCAGAAACAGCUCGCCAAACUUUAUACCGACAGGUAACUUACCUCAAUAUUCACGCUGUCCUGUUUUUAAUCUGGUGAAGUCCUCUGCUUGACAAGGUAGGCCAGAAGAGAUCUGAGGGCCUAUUGAUAAGUUCAAAGUGAACAUUCGGACCUGGUUAUCUCAAAAAUCACAUAGGCCAAAAUAUUAUUUCCCCGGCUGGCCUGAAAAGCAUAGAGAUGUUGCCUUUUCAGAAUUACUGUGAUUCCCGCUGUGUAAAGACUCAAGGCAUUGUUCCCAAUGCAUGACUGGAGACCUUGCCAUAUUCUGGAAAGGGCCACCCCACUGUGGGACUGUGAUGUGCCUCAUAAAGGGGUAAAAUAAUCGUCAGUGGGGGGCAUGGGAUGCCAUGCUAUUUUAGAGGACAUUCCUACAACAACACCUAAUCUGCUUUUGACUGUGGUUCAUUGAUCUUUGCUUUUGAUGCUAUUAUUUCCUAUUGUAUUUGCUUUUUCAUUUACCUUUACUAUGCUCCAAUGUCAUAUGUUUUUAUCUAAAAUUCUCUCACAUUGCAAGUCUUAUGCAUGUAUAUUCAUAUUCUAUGACGUUACUGUGACGUUAAAAAAUCAAUGAAUAAUCAAUUUAUAUGUAAACAGAUUGCCCUUUAAUAUAAGACAAUAUCAUCAAAAAUCCUUGAUAAUAAUUAGAGGUUCUUUAAAGCAAUACAUUUGUGGCAAAGUUGAAAAAGAAGCUCUUCUGUCGGAGUAAUGCAGGUCUUUGGAAUGUUGCAUUCCUUGUAUUUGGUUAGCACGAGGGAGAAGAUGUAGCACGCUAUCCAGUUACAUGUAGUUAACACAGAACAACCUAUUUAAAGACAAUGAAUAUAAAUUUUUUCCGGCCACCUACAGUCUUUAAAAGCAGUUACAAGGAAGGAUUGACAGAUGUCUUAUUAAUGAACAAAUCCAGGUAAUUUUAGCUGAAACGGUUUUGUUUCUAUUGAAUGUCAGUUAUUCAUGGGACAAAAAGAAACACUUUAACCCCUUAAAGGGACACUGUAGGCACUUUAUCUGCUGUAUUUCAUUAAGCUGAUUAUAGUAUCCAGAGUUUCCAAGCUCCAUAAUUUCAUUCAGCAUUAAACAGUUUUUCAUAUUUUUAUGUUUCAAUGCUAAAUUUAAUUCCCAGCAGCCCCUCCCCUCUGUGCUGCUUCGGCGAAUGAGGAAGUACUAGCAUGAGCAGCAAUGGGCAGCUAUGAUUGGCUGAGAGUGUCAGCUGUCUGUUUUUAGCCUUUCAGAGCUCCAACUAACGCUAUGAAGAGUAUGACUUCAAGGAAGUGUGUAAUCUCUGCCUUGGCCACACCUCCAGAAGAGGCCAGACUGUGGGUGGCCUUGAUUUCUUAUUUAGUGUUAAACUGCUCUAAAAUGGUUUAACAUUGUAUGGAGAGACAGUGCCAUGAGAUUCCAGGCAUCAUAACCAAUUCAAAGAGAUUAAAUUAUUAUAGUGAGUUCAGUGUCCCUUUAAGGACACAACUUCUGGAAUAAAAGGGAAUCAUGACGGAAUAUUUCCGUCAUGUGUCCUUAAGGGGUUAAAUAUAAAGUAACAGGCUUGUGUGGAUAUCUAACCUGAUAAUGUGUUUACACAUUAAUUUAUUCUUAUCUAUUUAUUCAAUACCAAUAUAUAUAAAGAGUAAAUCUGGUCUGUUUGCCCCUUUGAAGCAUUAAUGGGUUUCAUUUCAGGUUGAGAAUAUCAUUCCAAGGUUGAGAAUAUCAUUACCCUUGAGUUCAAUAUAAUAAUACAGAACUUCUAGAACUUAUAACAUUGUUGGAAACGUGCAAUUUCUGCAAUAGAUUAAAGCUCAGUAAAUCCUUAAAAAUCAUUAGCCGUUGUCUGUUCAUGGGACAUCAAAACAAUGUAAUUGAUUAUAUGUCAGUUUUAUUUUAACAUGUGUUAUCGUUUUAAAUGCAAAUAACCUUCUACAUGUCUAUGGAAUAAUAUUGAAAAUUGCUGUGGAUAAAUGGUUGCGCUAAUAUUCCAGACAUGAGUCCUUGAAUUAUUAUUUGUAUUAUUAUUAUUUACUAUUUAUUUUUUUGUGGCCACGCAAACUACUAUGCUACCUUAAUACUGUUGUGCACUGUCUGUUGAACAUCUUUUUCUAAAGUUGGUUACCAAAGCAGAUCUUUUAAUAACUUUAUUUUAUAUAGCACUAGCAUAUUCUUCAGAUUACACUUUUAAAAAUAUUGUAUUUCUUAACCAAGGACACUUGUGAUAACAGUAAGCCACAAUAUAUUAGUGUUAAUGAAGUGUGUGUGUGUGUGUUACUGUUAGUAUUUAUAUUCAUGUUAGAGUUACGGUUCCUGCUGCAGAAGAGGGCUUCUUAGAAAGGUCCUGCAAGUUAGGAUUACAGUGAGAUUUAGAGUUAAGUGUUGUUUUACAGCAUCAGGAUUUAAGGAAUGUACAGUUUAGGUGAAGAUUAAAAUAAAGAUUAGGGUUUACUGGUACUUAACCCCAAAUUGUAUCCUAACCCUAACUCUUAAUGUAAUAACAAAAUUGACCCUAAAUGUUUUCUCACUCUAUCUCUAACCACAAGUGUCUGGAAUCUUCAAGUCAUUCCCUAAUCUUAAUGUUUGCUAAUCCUCACGUAACCCUUAAUUUCUUAAAUCCCUAUGGUGUAGCACACCCCUAACCCUAUACCUCUCUGUAAGCCUAACGUUACUUAUCUUGUAGAACUUCACCGCAUUGCCUUCUGCAGCCAGUUUGAGUUCCCGACUGACCAAGUCACAGUUCUCCACAGGCAACCCACGGCAGCAGACUACUGGUUCCUCUUUAGUAUUCCAUAUUCAACCUGUCAACAUUUCUAGAAGCGCAAAAUAAAUAGUCAUUAUUGCUCUAAAAAUCCACACAAAACUGAAUAUAUUAGGCAGCUGUUAAUACAGUUAGUCCAACACUGUAUUAAAUACAAUUGGUGCAAAUGUAAUAAUUUAAUUAACCUAAUUACAGUAUUUAAAAAAAUAUAUCUACAUUUAAGUCAAGUUUACAUUAUAGAACACACAUGACUAGCAAUGUAAAUAAAUGAUAAAUGUCGUCCUUUUCGAUCACCUAACCCUACGAUUUUUCUUUUUAGUUGCAAUGAAACAGAUCUGCUAAUUACCUGAUAAUCUGCUGUCUUUUGUCUUCACCAACAGUCUGGAAGCUGAUUAGCUUUAGUAAUUAAAGGCAUCCUAUUAUCACACCUUAUGGCGUGUUAUUUUGUUAUUAAGAGAUCUGAACGUUGCAUUUAGCUUACCUUCUGAUACCAGUUGUGACUCGGUAGCUCAAACUGUCUGUUUAGUGCUUACAGAAUUAUCCGCAUAGAGGCCUUUCCUCUUAGAGUCCAAGUUUAGCCAUCAUACUGUCAGUAUGAACUAUAUUAUCGAGACUGAAUAGCCUCGAAAUCCCCUUUACACCAAUUAUUUUUGUCACUUGGAUGCCCUUGUAUCCUAUUUUCUUUGUUCAAUGCAAUUAAACUGAAAAUGGUGUUUCUUUUACUCUGUUGGCACUCUUUACAUUUUCAUUGUUUCUUUCAUUUGCGGUAGCCACCCAACAAUAAAAUUGCAGUGGCCUGUACUUUAAAGACUCAAAUAGCACAAUGCGAUUUAGAAGAAAUUGCAUUUCAAUAGACUGGAGCCUCCGGAGGGCUUCUUUGAUCUAAUUUUUGGAUGACCCAAAGGAUUUAGUCAUUCAGAGCUCUGUUGUCUUCUAAUGCCUGUAUAGAGAACUUUAGAGUGAAUGGAAUUAUUUAGAAUUGGCUGUGUGGUUGAGUGAUCUUAGACUGACAGUUAAAAAAAAAACAAAAAAAAAAACAACACACACACACACACUGGUUCUUCCAUUUCUUUGUCGGAGAAUUAUGGCAAGAGGCCUAUUUCACCCUUACAUUGUCCCAUUGAUGAACAUGUAACACAAACUCAUCAAUUAGAUUCUUGUAGCAACAGAAGCACGUAAAAUGGAUUGGUCUGUUUCAACUCAAUUGAACAAGGACCACAUUUAAGUGGAUAUCAUAACGCCAUUAAUAUAUAUAUAUAUAUAUAUAUAUAUAUAUAUAAUAAAAUAUAUUUACCACUAGUUAUAAACUAAAACAAUAAUCAUUAGAUGCCAUCUUAAAAAAAUAAAAAAUAAAAAAGUGUUAGAUAAAAUAUAUACAAUAUAAAAUAAUUAAAAAAUUGAUGUCAAAUAUCCCCAUCCUAUGAUUGCACUGUGAAAUAUGUUUGCAUUAUAUAUCUAAUACUUUUAUUAAUAAUAAUAAUAAUAAUAGUAAUAAUGAUAUUACUUUAACCAUUAUUGUGACAUUUAUCAAAACACCUAAAGUAAUUUACUAGGAUGGACUUUUUUGCUGUCUAUGACAAGAAAUGAAAAAAACAUAUUUUACUAUUAUUCAAUAACAAAUAUAUAUAUAUAACAAAUAGCAAAUAUAUCCAUGAUUUAGACAGUUUAUUUAAACUUUUUCAAUCCUCAUCAGUGAUCUGUUAGCUAUAUCAGAGGACAAUGAUCCUGAAAUGUUUCUAUGUAUUUUUGCAUAUUUGUACUAGUUUGAAUAUUGUGAGCAUUAUAAUACAGUUUUAGGAACUUUAGGAAUUAUUCAAUAAAAUAUAAUUCUAAGACUUGGCAUUGCAUGAGAUGCAAGUGCAAUUUAAGAAUUUAGAUAGUCAGAAGGUUUGCCUAGACAUGGUAAAGAAUGCAGUUUUACUGUAGCAUCCCCAGUCUCCCCCUCUUCCUCCUCCCCCCCCCCCAUAAAUAAAUACAUAAAUCUUCAUCUAUAUAAUGCUCAGGUGGAUAUUUUAUUUGCAUUUUGCUGCCAAACACUUUCAGAUUAAAGGAAAAAUGUCUUGCACCAUAACACAGUUCCAUAAAUGAAUGGGUAAUGUAGCCGCCGACACCUGUAGGAAGCAAUUAAUGAGUCAUCUUAAACAGCAAGUGACAUUCAGGUGGCAAAAGCAAUUAAAUAUGGGGAAGUACGCUGGGAAGCAGUUGAAGGAUCUCAUAAAUGUUUUUACAACUGCAAAGCAAUGAGGCGGCUUGGAAAUUGGAACAGAUUUACAGUAUUUUACAACAAGAGAAGAAACCAUUGUGCCUUUAGUCAAGCUAAAGUGUCACGUCUUCGCUAGUCCCAGCUGAAAACCAUUAAUAAGAUCGUUAAUGAAGACAGCAGUUAUCACAUCCUAAUCCACCAUGAUCUUCCAGACUACUCUUUUUUAAUGGGAAUACAGCAGUGUGAUAUUAUCUUCUCAAUCUACUUACCAAUGUAUAUAUUUUUGUACAAACCCAUGCAAUUAUCCAGGUGAUAUCAUAGUAAGCUAAACAGGGCUUUCUAUACCUAAUAAAGCCCCAUGUGUUCAGUAUUCUGCACAUCCAUCUAUACUUAAAUUUUUUAGCAGUGCUUUCAACAAGUUGAACAAGAGAUUAUCCAGGGGACGUAACAUAGGUCAACUGAGCCUCCAUUUCCAGAAGUGUGACCAAUGUUGCUUGAAAUAGUUGCCUAUAAUUUACAAAUACACAAGUUCACAUCAAAAGCCACCUGAGUGAUGUUUUACAAGAGACGGUAAAAGAGUUAGGAGUUGUAUGUUACUUCCUAAGAGAGCAUGAGUACCAUUUUCCUGUAUGGUUAGGCACGGGCAUAAAGGCCACAGUCAUAAGAAAUUAGUAUACUAACAUUAAAACUCAUAGAUUAGAAUCUUGGGGCAUUUUGUGAUAUACUGAUAAAUAUCAGAUAUGCCUUUAUUAGCAUAUAUCAGUUCUGCUGACAACUUCAUCAUCAGAGGCAUAUGCAAAAAACAGAACAAGUCUCUGGAACUAUUUUAAAUCACAGCCAACAAACAACAGUAGGGGGUGAGGAAGAAACCGAGGUUGGCCAAAUGAUUUAUAACUUGGUGGCUGUUUGUUAUAGUCUUCUUUGAUGUGCAGGGUGAGUUGAAGAGAUCUCCGAAUGUCCCCAAUCGGCCUGUGACUGUUGUGGCACAUCUAACAUUUUUCAUUUUCCUAGUAGCCAGUCCAUGCCUGCUGCUAACCUGAUUUAAUUCAUAGGGCAUUCAUCUUUUAAACUGUAUUUUGUGACCCCUGCUAUUCAUUAGGGAUAUGAACUGUAGAAACCAAAGAUUCUGAAGCAACGAGAAAGUUAGGCAGAUAGUCAGAUAUAAGUUGGGUUAGUGUUAUCUUCAGAACUGUGGGGGAGGGAUUUACUGAUCACAAAAACCCAUCUACAUAAGGACAUCAUUAUGCAAUUUAGUACACAGAACUGAUGAGCAUUUUUUGUUUUUGUUUAAUCCAGUAGUGUUUGAAGCCUUCCAAGAAAAAUGUGUUUUAGAACCAUUGCUUACAUCAGAUGGCUUAAAAGGAUAAAAUGUAUCCCUAUGAUUUGGAAAUGAGUUACAUGUUUAACCCCUUAAGGACCAAACUUCUAGAAUAAAAAGGAAUCAUGACAUGUCACACAUGUCAUGUUUCCUUAACCCCUUGAGGACACAUGACAUGUGUGACAUGUCAUGAUUCACUUUUAUUCCAGAAGUUUGGUCCUUAAGGGGUUAAAGGGUUAACCUUCUCUCACUGUUUGAUAUUUUCCUAACCAUUGAAAGUGACAUUAAUUAGAUUUCAUUACAGUUUAUUAAAAAGAAAAAUACAAAGCUAAGUAUUCAGUUUCCAAAUUGUGAAAAUAAAUCUCUAGUAUACUAAAUCAUAUUAUACAAAAUGUGUUUUUAAAUUCCUCCAAUUAAAAUGUAAUCCAGGUUAAAAAGUGUAAGUGUUCUAUUUACUGUAUUAACCUUAAUCAGUCUGAAAUAUGAUAAGUUCUAAUCGGUUUGAAUUAACCAUUCGAUUAACAAUAUUAUUCAGAGCUAUAAAGAACCAUAGAAAAUACCCAAAGAUCCAAGUUAUAGUAGAACCAUGUCUGUUUUCUUUUUGGUAUAUUAUUUAAACAAUGUCUUGACAUGACAUGACAUGUUACAACCAAUGACCUUGGAGGAUGGGGUGAAGUAUCUCAUCCAGACCACCUAAAAAGACCAAUAUAAUUUGACCGUUCAUUUGUAGAGGAUAAGGUUAAUUACUGGUCUUAGCCACCAAAACUAAUCAAUGCAAUUAUCUCGAUGUAUCUAAUAGACCACAAAGCCGUGGGAACUGAUUGACCUGUUAACAGGCAGACACCAAAUAUCUAGCCAAUAUUAUCAUUUUCUUUUUCAUGAAAACAUAUCUGAUAGAUUGUUAAAAUUGUUUAUAUAAAUGUGAUACCUAAAAGAUUAAGAAAAACAUUUUCAAAGUCUGAACUGCUAUGUUGAUACAACCCUUAAAGUGAGAACUUGGUAAUUAAAGUUUAGAUAAAUACAUUUUGUCGGAAUAUAGGAUUUAUUUGUUCUUGACAUGGGGUCACCCCAUUCAGCACCUUGGACAGCAGAAAGAAUAUAAAGCACGUGGCAAAUAGUAAUGAAUGGUGGUUUUUAUUCAAAUUCAAGCAAACGGGGUGGUUGAAAAGAAAGAUUCUCAGCCCGUGUAGUACUUGUGACGUGAGCUGGCAAAGGAUCAUAGUUUUCGUAACAGCUUUGGUAAACCUGCAUUAUAUCUCUACAUCUUGGGUACAAAACAAGCGUGAAAGCCAUUUGUGCUCUGAAAGCCUCGUGUACGCCAUAUCAGAGAAAACAUCUGAUCCACGAGAGUUUCUAUGUAGUUACUGUAAUAUUUUGUACUAUGUGUUUUGUUUCACAAUUUAACAAAAAUAUUAUAUACUCAGUAAAUAUGUGAAGUGCAGAUAAAGAAUAUAUGAAUGUUUGGAAAAGAAGAAUGUUAUUUUCAGGAAGAUCACUAGUGAUCUACAUGUUCGUGGUUGUGUGAUCUGUAACUCUAUGUGUGCACAUAUUGGAAAACUGUAGCCAAUUACACUCCAAUUAUAUACAACAAGCUCCUAUGUAGCCCCCAUGCACUUAGUUUCUGUCAUAAAGUAAAUUUGUCCUAUUACUCAAGGCCGACUUUCUUUUUCUCAGUAUUACCAUACAAUACAGGCAUUUAGAAAACGGUUGUUGUUAUUUUUUGUUUUUUUUCUUUGAAAGGUUAAACCAAAAAGAAGAAAAACAAAAAUAAAAUAAUGCAAAGAACAAAUUCAGAUAGAAGAGUCAGUUUGUGAAUUGCUGAAUGUACAUCAGAUAUCCCUUGGUAUCCCGUGACCUAAACACUGUGAAAUAUGCAAACUGUCAAUGGCAUCUGAUACAUUUAUCCCUUAGGCAAGGAUCAGUGAAAUUUAGUGUGUGUGUGUGUGUGUGUGUGUGUGUGUUUGAAGCUUGGACAAGUGCCCCCUUGCACCCUUUCCCAGAGAUGCCUAUGUUGUAUAUAUAUAUUACAAUGGAUUACAAGUGACUUAUUUUUUUUUUAUUUUUUUUUACUGAUUAUAGCAUUAUUUACUUAUAUGAUAACCUAGAAUCAAUAUCAAUAUCUAGCUAUAUGUUCUAUUAUAUUGAAUACACACGGGGCAGUUUGUAGUAACAGUACACUUUUACUAUGGAUUAGAUAAAGGAUGGGUUCAUCUAGAACUGUUUUUGUAUUUUGUCUCCAUAUGUUUCAUUUGUGUGAAUCCACCGCUUCCGCCUUGCAUGCCUCUUCUUGUCUUGAUGUUUGCAAACCUUAGAAAUGGUUUGAAGUUUACAAAGCUGACAAGUCGAGAUGAUGUCACAGCUUAGAUCAUUAGAUUUAAUACUCCUUUUUUCAUGCUAAAAGCCUUGAAAAGAGUUAAUCUCUCAAUGUGAUGCACCAUUUACAGAUCUCCAUUAUUGAUAACAAUGUGUGUUUUGCAGUUACUAAUCAGAUUGAAUUAUACACCAAAACCUUUCAUGUUCAUUGUUAGAGCAAAACUGUACUUAAAAUAAAGGCUUAUUCUCUGUGAAAGAGCACUGAAUGCAAUUUACAUUGUAAAGUGACCCAAUGUCCUAAAAUAAUAUACUGUGUAAUACAUUUUAUUUGUGUGGUGUAAAUAGAAGAAUUGCGUCUUUUAUUUUGAAAAUUUAUUACUUCAUAUAAUUUGGAAUAUUGUUUGUAAAAGGGCUUAAUUAAUUUCUGAAAUAGUCCUGAGAUCUUGGAAUUGGCUUGUCCAGGGCCCUUAGACAGCAGCGAAUUGCUAUGCCAGUUCGCUUUUACUCUUGUUUAAUGCAUACACAGAUUGCGCAUGUAACUUUCACUAAAAUUGUUUUGGUAUUAUAUAUCAUAAAUAUGGCUGCCAUAUAUGUGGCUGUUAGCUUGAAACAGGCUCUUGGGAGCUAAAAUGUUGAUUAUUGUCCUUAAAUAAAUCUGCCUUAGAUUUUAGCUGAUUAUGUGCCCAGCCUUUUACUUAAUGAAUUGAUGUUGGAGUGGAGUCAUUUCUGAGCUGUUGGCACCGGGGCAACACUAUAUUUGUGUUCAUUUUUGUUUUUCAAUAGUAAACUGAUUGCUUAUUGAAAUAAAUGUUGGCUAGCUGAGCUUUUCUACUGAAGAACAGCUUGUGUUUCUUCAAUACCUCCUAAAUUUUAGUAAGAUUUGGGCUUAGAAGAAACAUAAAAUACAAUAAAAUAAAAUAAACAUAAUAAAUACUUAAUUCAGAAUAAGUUAAUCCAUUCUCCCAAUUUUUUUUAAUUAUAUCAUCAUUACCUUACCUUACCAUUACACAAAAACAAGUACAAAACAAAAAAACAAACAAACAAAAAAUAUAUAAAAAUUGCAGUGUAAAUGUUUAUUUUAAAGAUAAUGUGAACACUGUAUUUAAGUUAGUUAUUUAUUUUCACGGCUGGCUUCUUACAUAAAGAUAUCACCAAAUCGUGAUUCACUUCACUACCCAGUGUUUCUGAGUUCUGAAAAGCAUCCUACACAGAAACACUGCUUGAGUACUUGUUGUGCAAUUUACUUUGAUGUCGUCUGUUCACUCAUUUGACCCAGUGACAGAGAAAAAGUCAUUUCAGGGCUUAGGCAUAUGAGAUGAGAGCAAACAAAAUGUGGUCCAAAUGUAUUUCCUUAAACAUCCAACUCUAGGAACCAAAUGGGCCUGUAUGCCAAAUGCAUUAACUGUAUAGAGUGUUGUGUCCCAAAAGAAUGGCCUGGCCACAAACAGAUGUUAUUACUUUAAAUAAAAUAUUUUCCCAUGAAAAACAAUGGACAUAAACUCAGCAUUCCUUCACAUCACCAGGUUUUGUGUGUGUACAAUAUUAUAUAGUGAAUUAUAGAUUUUAGUGGUUAGUGUAUCAUUAUACAUAAUAUGUUUUCAAUGAGAACACUUUUGUUUACAUUGAUCUAAAUUGCUUCUUUACUUCUGUGUAUUUUCUGCCCACUCAUUUAAACUAGAUAAAACAGUCUGCAAUAAUUGCUUCUAUUCUUUGGGUAAUUGCUUAAGCAAUAUAUAUCUUCACUGAACUGAAAACAAAGGAUUUGCAAGUGAUUCUGUGGUUCGUUAGUGAGGAUUAGUGCAUGUGCAUUAAAUAAACUCUCGACAGUGGUGGGUGACUAAACCCCGUGCUAAUCAGAGCAAUAGACUUUCCAUUACGCUCUUGCUUUCAUCUUCGAAUAAGGACAAUGUGUAUUCUACAUAAUACCAUAUGUUGACAAUAUAUGAACAGAAAGUGGAAUUUAAUGUUCUAAGAUCUGCUUCUGCACAAAACACAUCCAGAUUCUGUAGCAUAAUCCCAGUGUUAGAUUUACUUAAAAAACACUUGUAGGAGACAAUAUUCUAUAUCCCUGACUUUUUCUGGUGCCAUUGAUUAUGGCAUCUCAUGAUUAUAUAUAUAUAUGUGUAUACAUGGUCCACAACUCUGAAAUGCCAUAUGGAUGUAUCAUAAAUCAAACUAAACAGGCAAUGGACGAGCUGUUUUGAUUGUUUUGGGGUUCUGUCCAUGGUACCAAAAAAAUAAAUAAAAGAUGAUUGAUGGUGAAAGAAGAUGUUUGACGGUAAGAGGAUAACUGCUACAACUUGAAUUUAUUCACAGAUCAAGAUACAAAUAUUGGUACAAUAUAUAUUUCUUUACUUUGCAGUACAUUAAUAUGCACACUUUUACAUCAUUUCAGUUACUCCAAGUUGUUUUUCUAGAAACAAUUGCACAGAUGAAAUGAUUUCGAACCCACACAUCACAUGUACGAAAUUCAGUCCAUCUGAACAAAAAAUUCUUUUUGUAUGAACUAAGUUUUUUUUUUUUUUGCCAUGCACAAAUCCAAUAUACACACAUUAUUUUGAAUUAAUUUCUCUGAACAAAAAUCAUCUUGGACAAGCUACUAGAAUUCUGUUGUAAAAUUAGCAAUAUUGUAAUCAAUUAACGAGUAGGCAUGCUCUUUGUAAUUUGGAUAUAAUAGAUGUAUUUAAGGAUCAAUUAUCUGCUUUAAUAUAAAAUAUGACAGACAAAUGGUAAAUUUACUGCAAUAUAGUAAAGAACUUAUUACUCAUACUUAUUUUGCCUCACGGUAUCAUAUGAUAUCAUAUGGUAUCAUAUAUAGCAGUAAUAUGUUGAUGUCCUCAGGAGCCAUAGAAGGGUUAAGAGUUACUGGACCCUAAACCCUUGCCUUGACCCAAUUCCCUUAGAGGUAAUGACCCAUCUUAAACCCAUCUUUUGGGCUGCAAAUCCAAUUGUUUGGAAAGUUCCCUGUAGUAAGUGAUGCACCUGGAAGCAAAUAAAACAAUAUAUAACAGAUAUUUUCACUGUUCUGUAUUGGUUUUCUAAAAUAUAAUCCCUCUAUCUUAACACAGUAAAGGAGUUUAAGCAUGCGUGGGAUAGGCAUAAGGCUAUCCUAACUAUACGAUAAGGCCAUGGACUAAUGAAAGUAUUUAGAAAAUUGGGCAGACUAGAUGGGCCGAAUGGUUCUCAUCUGCCGUCACAUUCUAUGUUUCUAUGUUUCUAUCAAUUUUGAUGCACCCUGUGUAAUCCAGGUUGGAAAGUUCCUGAAUCGUGUUUUUUUUUAAACCAUAGUUCUAGAAUAAUGUGAGAGACAUUGUUAUUGUGAAUCAGAGAGACAAUUAUGCAGAGAAAUGUGAUAUCAAUUUAAAAUUAGUCUCCCUGAAAAACGAUUUUGUUCUUUAUGUAUAGUAUGUUUACUUUAGAAGUUCUAUCUACUUCUCUGUUAAUUGGACUUUAAUCACAAAUAGGGUGCUGCUUUUGGUUCUAGCAGAUAACUGAGAGCAGGAGAUAAGGAUUUCUACAUUAAACAUACUGCAUAAUAAGGGAAGCAUGGUCUGCCGCUGGGCUGGGGCUGAAUGGCUAUUAGCCAAUCAGCAGAGCCCCUGCCUAGUAGCAGGCAGUCCUUCCUGGAUCAGAAUUAAAGGUAGCAGAUGUUGAUGGUUGCAGGGAGUAACAUUGCCGGAGAACCAACUUAGGGGUUAAACCAUUUGUAAAGGGAAGGAAGUACCAGGAAGCUCCUGGAAACACAGCAACUUAAUUUCAGUUAUGUUGUUAUGGUACCUGUAGUGUUCCUUUACAACAAAUAAACUAUUUUCAAGAAGUGUGGCUGUAUAAACCACUGCCAUAUGUGUGUGGCUAGGGCUUCAUAAACAAAGUGAUUUAACUUCUAAAUGGCAGCUAAUUGAGCAAUGAGACUGCAAUGACACACUCUAGACACCAAAACCCCAUCACUUAGCUUUUUUUAUACUUAGAGUGUCCCUUUAUGUAUGGAGGUGAGAGCAACAACAUAGCACAGGGUCUUAAGUGGCAGUGAACAACUAUUUAAUGUGAUUAGGCUAUAUCGUUUGAUCUCAUCUUUAAUGAAAUCUAUCAAUAACAAGCAGAACACAUUAUAAUAUGAAGUUCUGGACACAAUUUCUUUUUCAAUUGCUGCAGUUAAAAGAACACUUUAGGCACGAGCACAACUUAAUUAGAUUUGAUGGGUUUUUGGCCUCAUAUUCAUGAUGUAUUUUUCUCCAUAUUCAAAUUUCUUCAGUUUUACUGUUUUUAGAUUCUAUUAGCAUAAUUACACUGUCUUAGAUAUUUCAUCGGUUUUAAAAAAAAAAAGUGUCAUCCUGAUUUGAAGGCCAACAGUGUAGCCCAGCCUAUAAUAGAUCAAUAUGAGCUGAGCUGAUGACUUGACUUCACCCCCUCUCCAUUCAAUCACUGUCAUCGCAUUUUCUGUAUAGUAUUUCAAAGUCUUACUAAGGAAAAAUGGAAAUAAACAACUAGAAAACAGUAAUUGGCUGUGGGGUGAAGGCACGUCAACAGCUCGGCUCACACUGACCUCUCAUUGGCUGAGCUGACUAUGGACUCUGAGUUCAUUGAAGAAAUAAGUUGCUUUGUGAAUGAGGCAACAAUGUUACAUUGCACAAAGCUGCACAUUUUUAAACAAGAGCGACGGCCGUUUACUUUCAUUGGCUGAGAACAUCAGCUGACUGCUGAUGACACCCCAAUGACUCUGCCAAAAGUGAAGCUACGGCAGGGAGGUUAAACUCUGUAUGUGCAACGUUACAAUGCAUGGCUUCAUCAAAAAUCUGAUGGAACAUCUACUAAUAAAUACAUGAUAUCAAUCUUCAUUUAGUGAACACUGAUGCUCCAACAUUGUGGAGAGUUUCUAUAUGAAGGGUCACUUUGUUAUAGUUUUAGUAUCAUUGACACAGCGUACAUACACAACUCUAUCUUAUAGAUUUCAUCCAAAAAGACUGUAUAUAUUAGGAGUUAUAGAGGGUUGAUGUGACAGUGUCAGUCACUGGUGAUACCCUUUUCUUUUUAUAACUAGUGUUUUCCUUUAUAUGUUGGGUUACAUGUAAUGUGAUCCAUUUCUUUAUAAACUAAUGUCUGACGAUAUUGCAUAGGAAGCCUGAGGUUAUGUCUAAUAUUGUGCUAGUUUUGCUGAACUUCCCAAACUAGACAAACAUUACAACUUGCCAAAACAUUAGCUCAGAAAUAAAGUUGUAACAUGCUCAAAUCCAACAGCAUCCAAGCUUGAGAAGAUGCUGGCGUAACAUUUCACGAGAGAAGCAAAAGAGGCUUCUAUGCCAGCAUCGGAUAGAUUAUACCACUCACACAAAAUCACUUUUAAGCAAUUAGAGAAGCCCAGUGACUUCAUCUUGCCAUCCAAAAAGUCAUGCUACAUGCAUUUGGCAUUGCACUCCGCACUGCAAUAUUGUCUGUGGCCAAGGGAAUUCUCAACAGUGUCAUCUAGCCAAUUUGUUUUGGCAAAACAAUGUGAACCACUAAAUCAAGCCCAUUGUUGCAGCUUAUAUUUUAUGUGGCAACAACUCUUGCAAAUACCACAACUAAAUGCGAUGGAAGCUAUUUGAAGUUGUGUUUGUACAGUGAAAAAGUAUAAAACAAUCACUAGCCCAUAGAAUUCUUUAACUAAUAAGCAAGGUAAAGUAAGAACAAAAAAUACCCCUGUGGUCAAUCUUUUCCUAGGGACCUCUAAUAAAAUAUUAAAACAACUCUCUAUUAAGUGGAAAAUCAUUUUACUUAUUCUUUAUAAAAGAUGGCUUAAUUUAAAACCCUUUUGCCUGACAGAAAAAAUAUGGAUCAAUGACCUGAGAAACAUUUUAAGGGACACUAUCACUUUAAUAUCCAAACAUUUAUAGGGUAUAGGAAGGGGAUAGACAGAGGGAUAAAGUUGGCAAAAGAAGACACAUGUUUGGGUAGUGUGAGCUUGAUCAGCCACUCACCAUUAUAUAAAAUACCUCUUAUUUCUCAGGGCACAUGAUUUCCUAACUAAAGCUAAUAUUCUAGCCAGCUCUGGGUGUGAAUUACUAUGUUUGUGCAUUAUUAUGCCAAUAGUUACAAAUUGUUUCUUAGUGUGCCUUUGUUUGAGUGUUUCUGUGCAUGAGUGAGAUUGUCGGGAUUGGCUAAAGGAUACUCAGCAAGGCAAGAGGCAGCAAACUAACAAAGGCAAAGGCAUAGAAACAGGAAGAUGCAUAUUACAGGACAUUAGAGUUGUCAUUCUAAAGUAAAGGUAGAAUUAGGAAGUAACAGGACUACACUAAGAGAAUUCUACAGGCCAGGAAAGGUACAAAAUAUAAAACACUCAAUACCAGAGACAGACAAGGGUCAGGGGCAUGGAGAAAAUCAAUGUCAGGAACAAGUUAGGGACAGGAAUUCAGACAAGCAAGCGACUGGUACACGAGUCAAGUAAUCAGACAAGCAAGGGACUAAAACACAAAAUAAGGCAGACGGCAAACAGGCCCAGUAAGGUACUCAAGGGCAGGAGAGCAGAAUGUAGUCAGGUAAGCCUGGUAAAAAAACAAAACAAAGAAUCAAGAUCAAAUGAAAAUAUCACCAAGGAUUUCAGGUCCUGAUUGGCACUAUCUUGCUGGAAUCAAUCCGAUCAGAAGGGUAGCACCUGUGUUACCUACAGGUGCACUACAAAAACAAGCAAUCAGAAUAUGAGAUGGGUCAGAAUUAAACAGCCCAUUAUAUUAGCUGUUUAGUUCUUAAAUUAGCCCGUGGUAAGAGAUUACACAGUGGUACAGCAAGCAAUGUGCAGUAAUAAAAAAAAGGGGAGCUCAAGGGUUCAAAUCCCACGAGAACCAGUCAGAGAGCAUUUACUGACAGAUUCAUAAAUUGGUACAGGCACAGGAUAUUUCUAAUGGAUCCUAGAUUAUAUGUCUCAAAUGAAAAAACUUAUAUGGGAUUUUGGGGCACUAUCCAAGAUACCAAACUAAAACCAAUGGCAGUCCAAAAUUUCAGUGCAAGAAAAGAUAUCAGGAACCAUGUGCAUGAAGGGCACACAGAAGAGCUAUUGCUGUAAUUUUUUCUUUGGAAUUCUCAUACAGGCUUGCAGUUUAGCCAGUCUUCUUAUGACUCUUAGCACUGUCACAAUUGUGACUGCUACUUUUCUGCCAUUGGUUUAACCCUUUCACUACUAAGCUGUUUGCAAAAGAAAAAUCCACACAAACCAAAUUUUUGGUGUGUACUGGAAAGUAAUAUUUAAAUGUAUUUUUUUGUUUCAGUAUGCUUGGGUAACAGAUUAUUUAAUGGAAACAAAAACAAAAAUUCUGUCUAGACAGAAAAACGCAUUUAAAAAAAACAAACUAAUGAAUGAGGUUACAGAUAGGAGAACAGAGUUGUAAAUAAGUAACUUUUCUCAAUAUGUAUCAUAGACCUUUUACCUCACAUAGGCUAUAAUCUUUUCACCUAUACAUUGUCCAAAAUGCACUCAAUUCUUAGUUGUGUAUGUAUAUAUGCAUAUCCUUAUGUAUAUAUUUGUAUAUAUUUCCACGCUACCAUGACAUCACCCAUUUCAUAACUGGGUGAUAGGAGGAGAGGGUGAUGAGAGAGGGUGACUAACUGUGUGUGUGGAGAAAAGGCAGAUGAUUGCAUUGUACAGUGCUAUGGAAUUUUGCUGGUGCUAUAUAAAUAAUAUAAUAAUAAUAAUAAUAAUAAUAAUAAUAAUGUGACAGAAAUAGUGUGUGUGUGGGGGGUAUGUUGUAUGUGGGAUGUCUGUAUUCUCCUGUUCAGCCUCCUCACACAUUGCUCAUUUUGUUUGUAGGUAAGUCUUUCCCAUUUACCUACCUAAGUUCUCCUCUCCUUUACAGCCACCCUCCGAUUGCUCUGUGUGAUGGUGGCUCUAUCUCUUUAGUGUUUGCAUGGCUGCUCUCCUGCUGGGUUUCUCACAGAGAAGGCAGCAUGCAAUAUCAUGCUACACAACCUCUUUUCUCCGUGUGAGUACAAUCACUAACACCCUGGAUGGCAGCAACUCAGACAUGGAUGUCAGGCUGCUGAUCUGUCCUCCACUCACUUGUCCCCUGGCAGAGCUGUGCUGAGAGAGCUGAUACAGAGAGUUAGUCCCUGUGUUUCAGGACUUACUAAAGGUGUAAUUUGAAAAUGAAAUUGGUUUCCAAAAAAUUAAUUUAAUUUGCAGUUAUGAAAAUCAUGUAUACACGAUUGCGCAAUAUGAAUGCAUACUUGAAAGGCAAUCGUGUACACAGGAGUGUCAAUGUGAAGGGGUUAAUAGAAAAUAUAGUCUGGCUGGUCCUGCUUCUGUUACAAAAAUCUCACAGCAGUUUUUUAUAAGCAUGAGAAACUUAAUAGAGAAGAAUCAUUUACUGUACUUGUUAAUUAGAGUAAUUAAAUAACAAAUCCAAACAAUAGGAUGCUUUGCAAAAAGAUUUCCAGAAACACUGGCAAAUCCUUCAGAAAAAUGUUGGCAGAGAAACAAAGUCUAGGUGAAUUGUUGGCUUUAAAUCAAUUUUAAGGAAAUCUAUUUAUAUACACAUAUAACAGUAUACGGACCAAAGAAAUGAAGAAAUGAAGAGUAACCAGAUUAUUCAGUAAACUACGAAUUGCACAGAACUGAACUGAAAAUGUAACAUAAAAACUCUGUAAUUCAAUGUGAGCAGGAUAUUACUUUGCAGCAGAUAUAUUUAGAUAGAUUGGAGGACUGAACACUCAAAUAACAGAUUACAUUUAAUGUAGAAAAAUGCAAAAAUGGCACUUCAGAGGGGUUAUGAUAGCAUUAAACAAAUAUAUUUGCGGCCAAGACAGACCAUUGUCUAUACAGAGGACACAAUGUCACAUUUUUAGACUGGAAGAAAGGAGAUUUAAUCUAAGGCAAAGGAACAGAUUUUUAAAAGUGAGAUCAAUAAGCAUGAGGAAUUCUCUACCUGAAGAGUGGGUUUUAUCAGCAUCUGUACAGAUGUUUAAACAGCAACUGGAUUAAUACUUGCCAAAACAUUAUAUUUGGGGAUAUCAUUUUUAAUUAGUGGGGUAGUAGCUUCUUGAUCCAAGGAGAGAUCUGACUGCCAUCCUGGGAUCAAGAUGGCAUUUUUUCCUAGUUUGUGUUGCAAAAUUGGAAAGUGCUUCAAACUGUAUUUUUGCCUUCUUUUUGAUCAACACCAAAAACAGAUCUGAGAAAGGCUGAUGAAUUUGAUGAAUGCAUGUCUCUUUUCAGUUAUGUAAAUAAAUACAUUUUAGGUAAUACAGGCAAACUAAUUUAUUUAAAAAUAAAAAAUAAAAAUGAGCAUUAUAUUAUUUUAAUUUUGGUGACUCCUAAAGCUCAAAAAACUCAGUCAAGACUUAGAUUUCUUGCAACUCAGUAUCUGAGAAUUUUAUCUGCAACAUCUAUCUCAGAAUUCCAUUUCGUGUCUUCAGCUUGAGAGAUUGGCAAAAAAACUUCAGGUGUAAAGUAUUGCUGUCAAUUAACAUGGUUAUUGACUAAAGUGUGAAUUGUUUUGAAUACAAAGUGAAUUUCAAGUAAACUGAAAAUGUUAUGUGUAGAUUGCUACAUUGGAAAAAUUCCCCAAGUCACCUAUUUUUGCACUUUGGCUAUUUUGGUUUACAAUUUGGAAUUCCUUUUCAGAUGUAAUCUGUAUUUCAAUGUGCAUUCAAUUUUUAGAUUUCUUAUUAGAUAUCCUGAAUUCAUGUUGUACUUUCAUGUCCAUAUUACAAUUUGCAAUAUUUGUUAUUUUAGAAAAAGCACACUUUCUCCUCAAAAUGCAAUGCAACAAUACUUAACAAUAUGCAAAAAUGCAUAAUAAUGAUAAAUAAUAAUUUAAACUUAAUUUUCAAAAUGAUUACCACUCACAUAGUGUAGUAUCCAUAAAUGUAAAUAUUAUAUAUAUAUAUACAUUUUUUUUUCUUAAAAAAAAUCCUUAUAUUGGGGUGAAUUAAUUAAACAAAUAAUUGUGAAGAAAUAAAUAUAACUAAAUUAAAAUUGUACCCGAAGAUACUUAGGGAAACAUUGUUAAGUUUGUAAUGUUUGUAAUACAGCACAUUAUAUCCAUAAUAACUCAAUCACCAAUUUUGACAUUAUAGCCAACAAAUUAUUAUUAUUAUUAUUAGUAUUAGUAUUAUAUUAUCAUUUAUAUAUCGCCAACAUAUUCCACAGAAUUUACAAUUCAGAAUGGGAUAGUUGAUAGCAACUCAUUGACAUAACAGAUGAAACAAUGACAUGAGAUGAAGAAGGCCCUGCUUAAACGAGUUUACAAUCUCUAUGUCUAAUAGCAACACACAUAAUUUUGCCCAUUACAUUGCAAUCCAUUUAGUGCGUUGAACUAUUUUAACAAAAUGUCUUCUUUUGUAGUCAGGUUUACUAAGGACAAGUACAAAUGAAUUUUUUAUAUCACCACUGCCUCAGCACCUUGCAGAAGAACACAACUUCACAGCACCAGAAGGGCAUCAUCCUCACGUGCUAUACAAAAGGUCAGCGGAGACCAAAAUAAAUCGUGGCAAGCCAUAUUCUCUUUCUGACUCUAUGGAUCAGAUUUAUUGGCCCAACAGUAGGCAUACUUCUAUUAAGGAAUCUUCUCAAAGUGGAAAUAUUCAUAAGCAACAUUUUUGUGGAAGACGUAAAAAAUGUGAGUGGAGAAUGUGAUUAUGUCAUAGGACCCGUUUUUUUAAAGCUAAACUCUGAACGUUGUUAUCUUUAACAUUAACCUCAAUUUAAUAUUUGUGGAUAAGCUUUUCAAAUGAUUCAAAAUUUUUGGAUAAAGUUAUAAAAUUAUUUAGUAUUUUGAAAAAUGGUUUACUAUUUUGAUACAUUUUGAGAUAUUUAUAUAUAUAUAUAUAUGUUAUAUAUUUUAAUGUUUUGAAAAAAAUAUUGUAAACAUUUAUCCAAAAAUAUUAAAACAUUUGAAAAACUCAUCAGUUUAAGCUCCUCUCUCUUCUUAUCUUUUUCUCAUACCUAUUUUUUUCAUGUGGUUUUUAUACUCACUAGAUAAUUAUUCCUGUGCACUGUUUCAGGGGACUAAUGUUCGUCCCAUAAUUCUCUAAUUCUUUCGAGUUUUGUGUUUAGACUUUUGAUGGUGUCAUUGCUUGUACUGCAUAUAUAUAUAUAUAUAAUCUGUGAAAUCCUUGUUCAAAAGUAUUAAAGUCCAUUGGUAUAACACUGGUCUCCUGAUGAUUAAUUUCUGAACAAAGUGGGUAAUGUGUUGAUGGUGAGUAGACCAGGACGAAUACUGUAAAAGUAGUAAAUGCAACAGAAUGUAUAAUCUAUAAUAUAGGGUAUUAUCUAUAAUAGGAGAGAAUAUCUAUAACAUGGAGUAUUAUCGAUAAUGGGAGUAUUAUCUAUAAUGGGUGGUAUUAUGUAUAAUGGGGAUAUUAUCUACAUAAUUGGGGGUAUUAUCUAGAAUGGAGUGGUAUUAUGUAUAAUUGGGGUAUUAUCUAUAAUGGGUGGUAUUUUAAAUAAUCAGAGUAUUAUCUAUUAAGGGGAUAUUAUGUAUAAUGAAGUGGUUUUAUUGAUUAUGGGUGGUUAUUUUAUAUUUUGAAUGGGUAUUAUCAAUAAUUGGGGCAUUAUCUAUAAUGGGGUAUUAUCUAAAAUGGAGGUAUUAUCUAUAAUGGGUGGUAUAAUCUAUAAUGAGAGGGUAUUAUCAAUAAUGUAGGUAUUAUCUAUAAUGGGUGGUAUAAUCUAUAAUGAGAGGGUAUUAUCAAUAAUGGAGGUAUUAUCUAUAAUAAGGGGUGUUAUCUAUCAUGGGAGGUAUUAUCUAUAAUAGGCGGUAUUAUCAAUAUUUGGGGGUAUUAUCUAUAAUAGCGAGUAUUAUCGAUAAUUGGGUUAUUAUCUAAAAUUUCUACAAGAUUCUCUAUGGUGGACCUGGAAAGUUCACAGAUAUUUAUUUCAUACCGAGUGCGUAAUCCAUUACCCAGAACAUAUUUUCUAACAAUCUAAAGUUAUAUCAUCUUCUAGCUCUACUUUUUUAAUUUACUUUGAUAUUUACUUUGUCAAUUCUAUUUUCUACUUAGAUUCACCCACAGUAAACACGAAUGACAAAAACAUCCGACCAGAUGAAUAUGCACCCCCUACAAGAACCAAGCGAUCUGCUGCCAAAUCCCAACAUUUGGGUAGUUUGGUUGUUGAAACAUUAGUUGUGGCUGACAAAAAAAUGGUGGAAAAACAUGGGAAAGAAAGUGUAACUACGUACAUUCUGACAGUUAUGAACAUGGCAAGUCAUUCUUUGCAAUAAUAUGAAUUUUUUUAAAAGUACACUGCACAUGUAAUGAUUUACCAUAUUAGAGGUCCAAUGACGAUAAUUUUCUAUACUACCAUUUGACACUUUUUCAAUACUUAUCUUAUUUAUAUAUUUCUCUUCCUUAGGUAUCUAGUCUUUUCAAAGAUGGAACAAUUGGCUCUGAUAUCAAUAUUGUAGUUGUGAGUCUUCUGCUUUUGGAAGAAGAUCCAGUAAGUUUUUAACUAUUUACUGAUAUAAAUGGUACUACUCCAGCCCAGAUCACUUAAGCUUAAGGUUUAUUAUUAGAAUUAAAGAAGACAGCCACUAGUGUUGUGACGUGUUUAACCCUGCAAUGGAAAUAUUGCAGUUUCUACAAAAGGGUUAAAAUUACAGAACCACUUAAUUCAGACCACUACAUUGAGAAGUGGUCCAGGUGACUUUAGUGGCCCUUUAAACUCAAAAGUCAUAUGAUAACCGAAUGACUGAACUACAGCAUUAACUAUUUAAAGUUAAACUUAAAGGGAUGCUAUGGGCACCAAAACAACUUUGUCUUAAUCUUAGUUAAGUCUGCAGACUCAUUGUUCAGUUCUCUGCCAUUUAGGAGUUAAAUCACUUUUGUUUCUUUUGAUGCAGCAUUAGACACAACUUUCUUGGCUGUGACUUACACAGCCUUCAUGAAAAAAAUAGUUUAAUUCUCAAUCAGAUGUUAACUUACUUUAGACGUUUAUCCUCUGCUCUAUAAAUUGUACUUUAAGCACACACAGAAGGCUCCUGCAUGGUCUAGAAUGCUAUUAACUAGAUAAGAAAUAGCACCAGAUAGAAAAUUCUAAAUUAAACAUAAUUAAUAAAUAAGGUGUAAACAUUAGAUGACUCUUUACAGGAAGUGUGUAGGGAGGCUGUGUAAGCCUCAUGCAGGGAGUUGUUACUAGGGCUACAUAAACAAAGAGAUUUAGCUCCUAAAUGGCAGAGAAUUGAGCAGUGAGACUGAAGAGCAUUAUCUUUACACCAAAACUGCUUAAGCUAAAGUUUUUUUGUACUUAUAGUAUCCCUUUAGAUACUUAAAACAUGGUUACAUUUGUAGUUAGACUUUUCUGAUGAUUCUAGUUAAAAUGAUUUAAAAUGUGCGAGUAAAACAUUUCUUUCAACCUCUUAUAAUUGCAUUUCUUAAUUACCAACUUAUUGUCUAGAAUGUGUCAAUGAAAUAAGCACAUUCUCAUACAGCUAAUGGUUUCUAAAUGGUUUCUGGAGUCUUAGAUAGGUGAUAUUCUCCCCUCUUCUUAUAUACAGGUAUCACACCCCCCUUUUCCUUAGGCACAGGGUUCAGACAGGUGGUAAAACAGAAGAAAUGUAUGCAACAUAGAACUUUAAUAAAAUAUUCCAUACAAAAUUGCGCUAACAUGUACAAGAGCCUUGAAAUUCGGCUCAAUAAAAUGUUAUAUAGUUGUCUAGAUUGAAAAAUGACUAAAGUCCAUCAAAUUUAACCCUGCCAAGCAACAUCUUCCCUCCACAGUGCAUCCAAAUCCUGGUAUAUAAAAUAACUCCACAAUCCAGAAUCCAACUUACAUGUACUUUAUUAAGCAAAACAAAUCAUAAAAGGCAUAAUAAGUGCUAAAAGUGCUCACUAUUAUCACUAUUAUAUGUUUUCCAUUUUUGCUUUUGAGGUCAAAAGUUUGUCAUUGGUGAGUGGACAUUUUAUACACUGCUUUUUCAGGAUACUAACAUUGUUCCUUGUAUUACAUAUUUUACAAUUUAUUUAGAUUUUUAAAUGGGUGCCAUGAACUAACAUUUUAACAUUAUAAGGCACUUUGUUGUUAUUCAGUGCGAUAGAUAUUUGGCACCAUUUACACUGUUAACAUGUUAAAUAUAGUUAAAGUGAACAUUAUAUAUAUUGCAUGGUGUAUAUAAGCUCUCCAUUUGUUAUUUAUGGUUUUUAGGUAUUUUGUUGUGUAAACAGGGGUACAAGGAGUAUUUGAACAGCUAAAUAAAUUGUUUUUGUAUGCACAUUUUUAACACCUUAAUUUUAUAUUUAUUAAAAAGAAUGUUUAGAUUUUACAUCUGGAAAUCUAUUAUACCUUCAGGAAAUAAUGCAUUUUCACCUUUUUACCUUUUGUAUAAUUAUCUACAUCUUUUUUGACACUGUAAGCUUGUUUGAGCAUGGCCCUCUUCGUCUCCUGUUACUCUUUACCUGAAUUAACUGUGUAAUAAUUGAAUUAUUUAACUGACCCAUUCUAGACAAGAAGUUGGUAAUUAACAAAUACAAUUACAAUAAUACUUUUACUACCUCCCAAGAGGUUGAAAGAAAUGUCUCAGAGCUGAUGAGAUCCAUAUUUAGUAAGUGUAUUAUAUAUUUGGAAGAGAGUGUAUGUCUCUGUUCUAAAUUAGAACAUUGUGAAGUUAAUUUAAACCGACACAUUUUAUAUUAUAGCAUUUUGUAGAUAAUUAAAAACUGUCUGCAUCCAAAAGAAAACAAUCUGAUAUUUUUAGAAUCAUGUUAUUAUGCAUCAAAAAAGGCUACACUAGAUUGGCAUGUAAUGUUGUUUGUAUUGGAUUUUUUUAAAUUUAAAACUAAAAAAGCUUAAAAAAUUAUAUUUUUUUUUGUUUAUUUGAUUUUUAUUACUAUUUUGACUGUUGUGAGUGAAGUCCGUUUAUUCUUGAGAAUCAAACACUAACAUGCCAGUUGUUAUUAAUUUAUGUUAAUUACUACGAAUAAUUGCUUUUCUUUUUUUUUUUCUUCACAGUCCGGACUGGUAAUCAAUCACCACGCUGAUCAAUCGUUAAACAACUUUUGUCAGUGGCAAUCACUUCUUACUGGAAAAAAUGGCAAAAGACACGACCAUGCCAUACUGUUAACUGGAUUAGAUAUCUGUUCGUGGAAAAAUGAACCCUGUGACACUUUAGGUAGAAGAUUUGUACUAUAAAAAUACUUUUUUCAAGAUACGAUAGAAAGAAAUAAAACAUUUAUUUUUUCAUUUAACGUUAUCAAAUUUCAUGAUAUGUAGCCAAGAAGAUACUCCAAGUGGGUAUUAUUGAAAAGCCAAUACACUUGAACAAUAAACUUAUAUAACUUGCAAUUAGAUUCUGUUACAUUUUCCUGCCACUAUAAAUUUGUCCGUCUUCUGAAAUGGAAGUUUCUGUGACAAGUGGUGGAAUUUACUAUGAAGAAAACUAUCACUUUUUAGAUCACCUUAAUACAUAUGAUCAAAUGAAUGAUGCAAUUUAACCCCUACUUUUAAAAACACUUUGAUAAAUAUCUCCCAAAGUUUUUUUUCCUAUUGUCCAACUCACUGUUAAGCAUCUUGAGAUGUAUACAACCAGCAUCAUCCGGUCACAUAUUCAUCCGCUUAUAGAAAUGUGGUUAAUGACAUUUACUGUCCACACAGGAAAAGUUGUGCCGAGCAGCAACCUAAUCAGUAGAGCAGAUGUUGCUAUGAGCUCUUCAAUCUGAUGGGUGUAAAUUUUGUUGCUGCAGACUCUAGCAGGCAAUUGAUAACUUCGAAAUUAAACACACUGUACAAUAAGGGAAUUGUGUCAAAUGAAGAGUUGUGGAUAGGGCAGCAUAAACAAAGUGACUUAACAUUUAAAUGACAGAGGAAAGCAGUGACACAGUAGGUGCAUGAUCUAUACACCAAAACUACUUAAUUAAACUAAAGUUUUUUUGGUGGUAGAGUGUAUCUUUAACUGUAGACUAAUGAGGUUGAUUGCUGGUGUAAUAAUUGUGAUUAUGAUUUAAACUAAAUUAGAUUAGUAAUGGCUAUUUAAAACAAAAACAAAAAAAAACACCAUACAUAAUAAAACAAAGAAAAAAACUCCUUUAUUUCUGUUGAUAGUUAUAAAUAUCUUUUCUUUAAUUGUAAUUGAUUACUAAUCUGUUUACAUAUGCAUCAUGGAUACUAAUCCAUUGUUGCUUAUUUCUCAUUUAGGUUUUGCACCUAUUAAUGGUAUGUGCAGCAAGUAUCGAAGCUGCACCAUUAAUGAAGAUUCCGGCUUAGGGUUAGCAUUUACAAUUGCUCAUGAAUCUGGUCACAAGUAAGUUGCCACAUCUAUUCUAAUGCAUGAAAUCAGUCAAUAAUACGAUCUAGAUAAGCACUGUGUGUUUUGGGCUAAAGACAGUUCAUACAUUUAUGCACAGUAAAAAGAUUCAGAGGGACUAUGGGAGCAAGUAGGAUUUGUAUAAAGUAUAAUUCCUGGGCACAUUUUUGAACGUUGAGCUAUCGGUACUGGGUGAAGUUCUAAAGGUUCAGGAAUAAUUCAAAAUAUUCCAUUAAUUCCCAUAACAGCUGUUGUCCAUUCAGACCUUUGGAGUUACUUAGAGCAACCAGUGUCUGGACAAUGUGUCUUUGGCUUUGAUGUUGACAUUGUCCAUUUCUCAUAGAUUUUAGAAGUUAUCUCCAAGUUGUGAUCCACCUCAAAGUCUUAUAAUUAUUUGUUCCUUGAUUGCUAAUGUAUUAUUACCUAUUUAUAACAGUAAGGUCAGAAUUAUAAUACUUACUGUCACCUUGACUUACUCUUAAUCCAUUCUUGAUCAUAAAAAAAUAUUCUAGAUGCUCAGCAUCUCCUUUGUUUUAUUAAUAGCUUUGGAAUGGUCCAUGAUGGUGAGGGAAAUGCCUGUAGGAAGGCCGAAGGCAAUAUUAUGUCUCCUACUCUAACUGGGAACAAUGGUGUCUUCUCCUGGUCGGCUUGCAGCAGACAGUAUCUGAAAGAAUUUCUCAGGUGAGACUCAACUGCCAUCUGUUCCUCUGCCAAGUUUGACAACUGAAACAGAUUUCUUGCCUCCUAAAGACAUGACGGUUUUUUUAAUUUCAAUUAACACAUUGUGUCUUUUAGUUUUUUUUGUUGUGACAAUGAUUUCCAAGAUUCCUUGCAGGUAUUGCGACUGUCAGACGUAUUAUUUCAUAAUGUUGUCGCUUCUGUCAAAGCAGAUCCCUAGCUGGGUGAUUCUGUUCCCUGAAGAUGAACAAACCAGAUGUAAUCCAUGUUUUUUUAAAGCAUGAACAUCUCUAAAAUUGACCUUUUGUUUAGUUCACCAGGUGUUGCUGUAAACUUGCACCUUUCGUUUUUUUCUUGUGCUUCCUGUACAAAGCAGUGGAAUUGCCUUUCAUGUUGAGACAUUGUGUAAACUCUGUGCAAUUAGAUCUUUUAGUGAGAAUGAAUUCAUUUAAGGACAACUUUCACAUGUAAAGCUGUAGUUUAAGGGUUGAUGAGACCCUUGUAGCCACCUGCUGGCUAUUAUUAUAUAUUUUUUUUUUUGCUUUAGCAUUGUACACUUAAACAUUAAAAGUGUUCUAUGCAUUUAUUCCUACACACUAACUAAUAAUAAACACUGAUUAACAUGACAGUAUUAAAAAAUUUAGAUAUUUUUCUGCCUAUCUUUUGUUUGAAAUCAUUUGUUCUAAAUAUGACGAUUUCUUAAAAGAGAUAAUUUAGUAAGGCAAAACAAAAAAAUGCUUAGAAGUACACAUAGAAAUGUCACACAAAUAAACAAAUGCAAUGUAAAACACGCAAAAAAGUAGUUUUUAAAAUUUUUGAUUGAAAUUUACUUUGUGUGUGUAUGCUUGUACUGCAGAAACAUUUACCUAAAAAUAUGGUAUAAUGUUUUUAUGUGUUUUAUUUUUAUAUAUUAAACAAUUGAGCUACAAACCAGCUUAAAUGAUUUCUGCCAUUGUUUUUAAAUAAAAUUAUUAUUGCAUACAUAUUUCAAGCUGAUCAUCAAUGAACUACUAGCUUAGUUCAUGAACUUUUAGAAUAAAAGUAUUUGCGUAUAUUGCUAAAUUAUUGUGGUAUGCAGGCAUUAAACUGGAAUUAAUUAGUUUAAGGAGCAUAGCAAGCAAAGAUUUAUUUUUGCAGGCUGCAACCUGUUUUGAUGACUUUGCAACUAUUUUUGUGAAUGAUCCAUGAUAGCACAUCUUGAUUUCCAUAUAUUUAUUUGUGGGUUUUAUUCCAAUAAAUCACUAAUAUAUAGCCUUCAUUUUUUAAAUGGAGCACAAUUAUUUAUUUGAUGUUAGUUUGACAACUUAUUCUUCAGUUGUCAAAUUAGUCAUUAGUGACUAAUUACUUCUAUACAUUUUGAAAAGCAUUUUAUUAGGAUGUCCUCAGAGACAUGAUGGUCUCCAGUGUAAACAGUUUAUUGUAGGCUAUUACCUGGGAACCAAAGAACAGGCCAUGCUUUUCCUAACCCUCUGAAAAGAACAUAGUUUCAACCAAGGUUUUAAGAUCCACAACAUGGAUAUUUGCGUGUUGUCACUAAAUGUCAUUAAAGUAAGGCUUUGUUAAUAGUGAAAUUUCAAAGCGGACCUGUUAUGUGUGUUCUCUUUUAUUCAUUUUGCAAAAGUGCAGAUUUCCAUAGAAAUUGGCACUGUUAUAAAUUGACCCUGCUGUACACCAUUGGCUGUUGUUUAGAUAACUAGUUCUGCUACCUCCUGUUUUUUUAGCUUAGAAGAAUCAAACUCGAGGGUCGGGCAAUUGCCUAGAGCACCUGCUUUGUGAAGAUUUUUCAUUGAGUUGCAUUAGGAAGUCUGUGAUUGGGCAGCCUAGAAAGUCUAGGCCGGGAAAGAAGAAGGCUUGAAAAGGCUGCCGACAAGAGUUUUGCAAAUUUUUUUUUUUACAUACCCCCCAAUGAAGAAAUGCAUAAUUAAAUGUGUGUAUGUGUUCACUGGGGGCAGUGAAUUUUACAAUUCACUUAAAAUUUUCUUUGAAUUUCUAACCAUUUGCACUGCAGUGAAUAGUACUGACAGAGUAGUAAGGCAGUUUUAUACUAAAGACAUAAGAAUUGCAAACUGACCUUCUACAAGAUUUUCAUUUCUAAUGGCUAUCAAUCAAGUCAGGAUUUGUAUCCUAGAUGAAAACAAUUCACAUUGACUUUUAUCACAGCACAGCUCAAUCCUCCUGCCUUGUUGAUGAGCCAAAACAAGUGGGGCAUUUUAAGUAUCCGGAGCAACUUCCUGGGCAGAUAUACGAUGCAGAUACUCAGUGUAAAUGGCAAUUUGGAUCAAAAGCAAAGCAAUGCAGCUUGACAUUUGUAAAGGUAGGAACGCGAUGUUAUAUUAAUUAUUAUUUUUGCUUAAUUAUGUUUACAUAUGUCUACCUUUCAUAGUGUUACAUUCUCAUAAUAACGUAGGCUGCAGGAAAAGACUCAAUUCUGGUUCAUCUGUUACUGUUGAUCGAAUAGAAGGCAAAACACCUAAUUUAGAUCCAUUUCCAAUUUUGGCCAAAAAUGGUUAAAUAGUUUAUUGUUGACUGCAAAAUGGCAAUCAUCCUUUUUCUUGGAAUCAAAAAGAUGCUAACCCAAAUUGUUGAAUAUUAUUUUUUUUCCAAAAAAUAACCAGACAUUGUUUCAAAAUAUUGACUUUAUCUGAUACAACAACAGUCCUGAUCUUUGUUUUUCUUAAUGCAAAAGACACAUUACUCAAGGGGAAAUCUUUUUUCUUCAAGUCUGAACAGAUAACCUUUUGUCCUUUGUAUAGUGUUAUUAAUGAAGAGAUCACCAGAGAGAUGUUUCUACUGGCAGUACUGACAGUAUCUUUAAUUGUUCCUACACUAGUUCUCUUUUCUCAUUCACACACUCACAUUGUCAACUUUCAUUCACUUUUUCUCUCUCCCUGUUACCUAGUCAUAUUCCCUCUCAAAUCAUCAGCCUUGCUUUUUUCUACUCUUUUAAAAGAUUAAUUAGUUCAUAUGUGAUACGUCAUCUUUUACAGCAUAUGCUUAAUUUUUUUUUGUAGGACAUAUGCAAGUCACUUUGGUGCCACAAAACAGGCCACCGAUGUGAGACAAAGUUCAUGCCAGCAGCUGAAGGCACUACUUGUGGAGUAAAUAUGGUAAGCUCUAAAUAUCUAUUCAGUUAUCAUCAGGUGAUAGCAGUAUCUAGAUUCUAACCCUAAAUUCUCUUUGACAGUGGUGUAGAAGAGGAUUAUGUGUUAGAUUUGGAGAGCAUGGUCCAAGAGCAGUUAAUGGUGGAUGGUCAGAUUGGUCGUCAUGGUCAGACUGCUCCAGGAAUUGUGGCGGUGGUGUUAUGUAUCAGGAGAGGCACUGUACCAAUCCAAAGUAAGAAGUAGGACUUUUAUUUACACUAGAACACCUGUGAAGAAAAAAUUGCACUGCUUUGGUAGUUUACCUCAGACAUUGUUGUAACUAUUGACAUAUGUAUGUAUUAUAUAUUUUAUUUAUAAAGUGCUAAAGCUAUAUUUGUAACAAUAUCAUACAGGGCAAGUACAGUAAAUUAGUUAUACAGUUUGUGUAUGUUUGUGUACGUAUAUACAUACUUUAACAAAACUUUACCAUUUACAAUACAUGCAGACAUCUUCAUAUGUGCUAAGAUUUAGCACUCAUUGCUAUUAGUGUUGCUCAAAAUCCAAAUAGGUUAUGGCGAUUGAAAACCCACCUGAAGUCUGUGGAUAGUUAAUACAAUGUUAGACAAAAAUCUGCACACCAGUCAAGCCUUGUUGCUUUUCCCACAGAAAUCCCAAAUCUGCAGUGAUGUUACAACUGCAACAUCACCCAGAAUCCUUUGCCGUUGUAACAUCACUGCAUAUUUGGGAUUUCUGUGGGAAAAGCAAGUCUUAUGGCUUGACUGGUGUGCAGAUUUUUGUCUAACAUUUUAUUAACUAUAUAUAUAUAUGAGAUAUAUGAAAAUACAACAUGCAAUAGAACAUUGAAGUGCAUUUGCCCAAAACAUUCAUCCCCUAGACUUCGAAACUUGCAUGUAACCUGACCCAUGGAUGUUUAUUUGCGCUGCCCCAAUGCCACCUCCUGGAGUGUACAUCGUUGCCAUGAUGAGCCAAACGCUUCCAGCGUGAUAGAGCUGUAGCUAAUGGGCAAAUAGACAAACUGUUAGUACUCAGCCAAUGGAAAGAAAUGAAGUAUUUAGAUAAAUUAUAUAUUAUAAUCUGCAAUUCAGGUCAAGGAUAUCAAAAUGCCUCUUAAACUAAAACAACCUCUGAGAUUUCUAUAGGUAGACUCAACACCCAACUGGCACAUUAAAUAGCUUUAUACAGGACACUCAGCCAGACAGCACAAUAAAUGCUCCACUACCAUCCACAGCAACUCUUUGGAUCUCAGCCACCAGCAGCUGCAAGCCGGUAAUACUGUUCACUCAAUGGCCGAUGUGCCUAUAGGUGAAACUAUCUGUUAGCUGCGCUAUUUUCUUACCUUAUUUUUAAGCACAUUUGUUUGUUGCUAAUUUCAAUUAAUUUAGGUAUUACUUACUUGCAGCACAAUUCAGUAAGUCAUCAGCUGAGAUGCUAUUAUAUUUGAAAGAGCCAGAUCAACUGAGGUACCAUUUCAGUAGCUAAUAAAGUUUAACCACUGUUUAUUAAAAAAUCAGAUGUUCAAAUCCGUUUUUCCAGAAGGUCUUGUGAUGUACUGGUAGGAAAGACACCCAAUUAAUGAUUUCAUUAAUGUCCCAAAAUGCAUAACUUACCUAGGAGAUAUUUUGUCUGUAUUGCUUUGAGGUGCAGCCUUGUUUAUGUUCUUUAAUGGUAUAGCUUUGACCAUCUUUAACUACUGAAAUUCAAUAAAGCACACUUUUCCGAGCAAAUCCCUUUCCUGACAGACGUGUGUGAGUGCCAAUUGGAAUUUAAAAAAAAAUGUUUUCAACUUUAGAAUGUUAAUGUGUUGUUGAUAUCAUCUUGUUUUAGACCACAGUAUGGAGGUAAAUUUUGCCAGGGGUUGAGUCGUAUUUACCAACUUUGCAAUACCCAUGCCUGCCCUCCCAAUACUCUUGAUUUCCGUGCCCAACAGUGUGCUGAAUACAACAGCAAGCCAUUCAGGGGGUGGUAUUACAAAUGGAAGCCGUACACUAAAGUUGAAGGUAAGUAACUCAGUGGUCCAUACCAACCCAGAAAGAUGUAUAAGAUAAGCACCAUGAGAUAUUUGUAUUCCCAAAACAUCACUGCACUGCUCUAUGAUUCUCUAGUCUUGAAAAUUGACCUUAUGUCACCUGAACAGUCUGUAGGAUGACGCCGUCUCUUGAAUUUGUCUUCUGUACUGUCACACUUGAAUACAUUUGGACACAGUGUUUAGAUUGCCUCUUAGAUGUCCCUCUUCCAGAAUAAAUAAACCAAGCUUGCUACACACUCAUCAUAUUUCAAUUACUCAGUUCAUUUUACUAUUUAUGUAGCUAUAAAUUCAUUGAAUUAUGGUCCACUAAGAAAUUGGAUGGAGAUCUGUGUUAUGUUAUGCUUCUAAAAGACCCAAACAUUAUCUGCCAAUUCUUUUAACACUUCAUUUAAAAUCUUUGUUUUCACAGAAGAAAAUAUUUGUAAACUCUACUGCACAACAGAAGAUUUCGACUUUUUCUUUGCACUAUCAAACAAAGUCAAGGAUGGAACCCCAUGUUCUCCAAAUGGAAAUGAUGUCUGCAUUGAUGGAAGUUGUGAGGUAUUAAAUACUGUGACUCUCACAUCCCAUUUACCAUUACUCCAGCAUAUAUUUACUUUUGUUUUUUUCAUGUGUUAUAUGAAAUAUAAGCAAUGUGAUGGAACAUGUCUAGAAUCUGAUAUGCAGAAUAUCAUGUAGAUUGUGAGACAUUUAAGAUGCAUUAUUUCAAAACGAGAUGUUUUGCGGUAGUGUAUGCACUUGCUGAAGGUAUCUGGAAUAGAUGUUGUCCACAAACCUCUGCUUUCAAACAUUUAGUGAUAUACACAAAAUUGGAGAUUGUGGAAAUUGAUAAAGGUAGAUUGGGUUCUGAUCCAAUAGAAACAAACUGGGAAAAUUGAUCAACUCAUUUAUUAUAAAAGAGACAAAAAGGGGGCAGCGCUAUAUAACAGAGGAAGGGGGGGAAGCACACCUAAAAAGGGAAGUAGGAAGUAGGACAAACAAAACUUAAAACAGAUGUCUACUCACAUAAGAUAGAGCUAUAACCAGCUCUAGGUAAAACAGCAUGAAGUGGUUUGUAAUCCCCACUUGCACCCCCUCUGGGUAUGGUAAAUGGUGAGGCAAAUCACAACUGGAUAGCAGUGAGGCAUUUAAAGGACCUACCAAGUCUCCUAUAGAUAGAACAAUCUCAGUUUAGACAGGCAAAUUUAAAAAAGAAAAUUUCAAACCAAUGCCCAAGGUCAAAGCUGAAAGCUUAAAACAAUACGAAUCUAGUGAAAGAAGAGACUAGAGGAUAAAAUUAUACAGUAAUAUGAGUACAAAGAUAGCCCACAUUCUCUUAUAAAUUAUUGUAUACAGCUUUAAUAAAAAGCUGCCAGUCGAGGGUCUGCUGAACAUACAUUUGUCUUGUUAAACAUAAUUUUACAAGUUCAUAAAAGAUCCAUCUAUAUCCAACAUGUACAAACACUAGACCAUCCUGAAGCGUAACCAAAAUAUGUAUAAUUUACAAUACAGCAAAAGAAGGAUUUUAACUAAGUACUUAAUUAAUUUCCUGCAUUGUAAUUUGCAUUAUCUGGAGUUGAGUAAAAUAUCAUUUUACAGAAUGUACAAGCUAGAGAAUGGAUUUUAAUUUCAGGCCUUGGCUCUGAGACAGCAGGAAGAAAUUAGCCGUUGCAUCCUCUGAUAUGAUAUGUUCCGACAUUCUCAGGCUUCUAACAUGCUUUUUUUAUUCUGUGAUUCUGGUGGCAGCUUGUAGGGUGUGAUUAUAUUCUUGGAUCAAAAGCAAGUCUGGAUGCCUGCGGGGUUUGUAAAGGUGACAACUCGACAUGUACAUUUUACAGAGGGCAGUAUCUCAACCAUCAUAAAACUAAUGGUAAGGAUAUUUUAAUAUUUUGCAAGACAAAAAUGUGCAUAUAAUAAUUCCAGCUUCUCACAUUUUUAAUUGUCUUAAAUUACCUCUCGACCCUCUUGUCUGUCUCUACCUGUCUAUCCAUCUGUUUGUCUAUCUAUCUACUUUAAACAAUAUUUAAUAUGCCUGAUAGUAGACAGGUGUACCACAGAUCAGAUUGAGUAUUUAAAGGAUGCUAUAGCAAACUGGUUUCAUAAGAAUUUAGAUCUGAUAUAGAAUAAAACCUUUCUCGAUAUGAGUCAUAUAAUAAAUGGUUAAAUAGUUUGUUAGUAAAUGCAAAUUUUUUUUUAAAGCUGCCUCUUAUCACUGGGGUCACUUACAAUAGAAUACAUGCUUUAAUAUUUUAUAAAGGGUUUGCGUACAAUUCAAGUGACAGUCCAUAAUCCGGAAUCAAGAAAAUCCAUUUUGUUGAUUUGCUCGUUGCUUUGACCAAUCACAUUUAGCUUGGUAAUUCUAAAAACUUACCAAAUCACCUGAUCUACCAUGAGGAUGAACAAUAUUAGUUUACAAGUUAGUUUAUGACUGGUCAUGUAGUAACAGAGAUUCCGCAGACCUGCUGGAGAUAAGUUUCUCUCUAAAGUUGGAUAGCCAGUAGAAAAGUAAAAAUAGGAAUUAAUUUAGUUUAUUUUUGUCAUUAAACGUCACUGCUGCAGUGUUCAGAGGAAGCACUGAUAUAAGGUAUAUUCUUUAAAGUUUAGAGAACAUUAUGACCAAGUUGGUUAACUUGCUUACCAAGAGCUUUUGAUGAUCUGCUAACUAUUAAAUAAUUGUGUUAUUACACACUGCCAUGGUAAUGGUAAAAUGUGCUUCAUACUUUUGUCUAGAGUAUUAUUCCAUUGUGACUGUACCAGCAGGAGCAAGAAGUAUCCACCUUUAUGAACUUGAGACUUCGACAAGCUACUUUGCAGUUCGUAACCUAAAUAAAAAGUAUUACCUAACAGGAGACUGGACCAUUGAUUGGCCUGGAAAGUUUUUCUUUUCAGGCACUGUUUUUAACUAUCAACGGUCUUACCAACAACCCGAAAGCCUAUAUGCAGCCGGACCACUUAAUGAAACACUAGUCUUGGAGGUAGGUUAUCUCUCUUCAUUUUUAAACAAAGUUGAUUCUUUAACAUGGACAUGUGUCGGUCUCGAUUGCUUCUUGGGGUUAUUGAUCUUUUCCUAACCUGACAUGAACGUUCCUAUAAUAAUUGUUUCCGUACUGCUGCUGACAGUAGGACUUUUAUUUACACUAGAACAUGGUUUGUUUAAUGUGGACCUGUGAAGAAAAAAUUGCACUGCUUUGGUAGUUUACCUCAGACAUUGUUGUAACUAUUGACAUAUGUAUGUAUUAUAUAUUUUAUUUAUAAAGUGCUAAAGCUAUAUUUGUAACAAUAUCAUACAGGGCAAGUACAGUAAAUUAGUUAUACAGUUUGUGUAUGUUUGUGUACGUAUAUACAUACUUUAACAAAACUUUACCAUUUACAUUAUAGUAGAGAAAAGGUAAAAUACAUGCAGUAAUUACAUAAUGUGUAUCUAAGAAUAGUUUUUAAAGUUCUAACAUAUGUGCUAAGAAUUUUUAAUUAUAUAUAUAUAUAUAUAGGCAAAAAAGGUUAGCACUCUAGUGAUUCUUUGCAAAAAUAAAACAAAUUUUAUUAGUGAUUAAUUUUUCAGACUUCCAUAAAAUUAUAUAUAUCUCAAAAUCCAAAUAGGUUAUGGCGAUUGAAAACCCACCUGAAGUCUGUGGAUAGUUAAUACAAUGUUAGACAAAAAUCUGCACACCAGUCAAGCCUUGUUGCUUUUCCCACAGAAAUCCCAAAUCUGCAGUGAUGUUACAACUGCAACAUCACCCAGAAUCCUUUGCCGUUGUAACAUCACUGCAUAUUUGGGAUUUCUGUGGGAAAAGCAAGUCUUAUGGCUUGACUGGUGUGCAGAUUUUUGUCUAACAUUUUAUUAACUAUAUAUAUAUAUGAGAUAUAUGAAAAUACAACAUGCAAUAGAACAUUGAAGUGCAUUUGCCCAAAACAUUCAUCCCCUAGACUUCGAAACUUGCAUGUAACCUGACCCAUGGAUGUUUAUUUGCGCUGCCCCAAUGCCACCUCCUGGAGUGUACAUCGUUGCCAUGAUGAGCCAAACGCUUCCAGCGUGAUAGAGCUGUAGCUAAUGGGCAAAUAGACAAACUGUUAGUACUCAGCCAAUGGAAAGAAAUGAAGUAUUUAGAUAAAUUAUAUAUUAUAAUCUGCAAUUCAGGUCAAGGAUAUCAAAAUGCCUCUUAAACUAAAACAACCUCUGAGAUUUCUAUAGGUAGACUCAACACCCAACUGGCACAUUAAAUAGCUUUAUACAGGACACUCAGCCAGACAGCACAAUAAAUGCAGGUAUAGUUGUUCCACUGGUAAAUAGGAUACCAUCCACAGAUACAAGUGAACUCUAGUAGACUGGUAUAAAAUAUUAUAUAACAUAUAUAUGUUAUCAUUUUUUUGUAUUCUGUGCCUGACCAGCACCGGGCAAUUACUUUCUAAUCCAGAAGUGCAAGCAUCUCAAUAUAUAUAUAUAUAUAUAUAUAUAUAUAUAUAUAUAUAUAUAUAUAUAUAUAUAUUACGGUAAUACCUAAAUUAGUUGAUAAAAUUAGCACACAUAUUUGGGUUUAUUUUGUGUGUGUGUAUAUACAGGGAGUGCAGAAUUAUUAGGCAAGUUGUAUUUUUGAGGAUUAAUUUUAUUAUUGAACAACAACCAUGUUCUCAAUGAACCCAACAAACUCAUUAAUAUCAAAGCUGAAUUUUUUUGGAAGUAGUUUUUAGUUUGUUUUUAGUUUUAGCUAUGUUAGGGGGAUAUAUGUGUGUGCAGGUGACUAUUACUGUGCAUAAUUAUUAGGCAACUUAACAAAAAACAAAUAUAUACCCAUUUCAAUUAUUUAUUAUUACCAGUGAAACCAAUAUAACAUCUCAACAUUCACAAAUAUACAUUUCUGACAUUCAAAAACAAAACAAAAACAAAUCAGUGACCAAUAUAGCCACCUUUCUUUGCAAGGACACUCAAAAGCCUGCCAUCCAUGGAUUCUGUCAGUGUUUUGAUCUGUUCACCAUCAACAUUGCGUGCAGCAGCAACCACAGCCUCCCAGACACUGUUCAGAGAGGUGUACUGUUUUCCCUCCUUGUAAAUCUCACAUUUGAUGAUGGACCACAGGUUCUCAAUGGGGUUCAGAUCAGGUGAACAAGGAGGCCAUGUCAUUAGAUUUUCUUCUUUUAUACCCUUUCUUGCCAGCCACGCUGUGGAGUACUUGGACGCGUGUGAUGGAGCAUUGUCCUGCAUGAAAAUCAUUGCAAGCGCUAUAAAAACUUCUUCCUGUACCACUGCUUGAAGAAGGUGUCUUCCAGGAACUGGCAGUAGGACUGGGAGUUGAUCUUGACUCCAUCCUCAACCCGAAAAGGCCCCACAAGCUCAUCUUUGAUGAUACCAGCCCAAACCAGUACUCCACCUCCACCUUGCUGGCGUCUGAGUCGGACUGGAGCUCUCUGCCCUUUACCAAUCCAGCCACGGGCCCAUCCAUCUGGCCCAUCAAGACUCACUCUCAUUUCAUCAGUCCAUAAAACCUUAGAAAAAUCUUGAGAUAUUUCUUGGCCCAGUCUUGACGUUUCAGCUUGUGUGUCUUGUUCAGUGGUGGUCGUCUUUCAGCCUUUCUUACCUUGGCCAUGUCUCUGAGUAUUGCACACCUUGUGCUUUUGGGCACUCCAGUGAUGUUGCAGCUCUGAAAUAUGGCCAAACUGGUGGCAAGUGGCAUCGUGGCAGCUGCACGCUUGACUUUUCUCAGUUCAUGGGCAGUUAUUUUGCGCCUUGGUUUUUCCACACGCUUCUUGCGACCCUGUUGACUAUUUUGAAUGAAACGCUUGAUUGUUCGAUGAUCACGCUUCAGAAGCUUUGCAAUUUUAAGAGUGCUGCAUCCCUCUGCAAGAUAUCUCACUAUUUCUGACUUUUCUGAGCCUGUCAAGUCCUUCUUUUGACCCAUUUUGCCAAAGGAAAGGAAGUUGCCUAAUAAUUAUGCACACCUGAUAUAGGGUGUUGAUGUCAUUAGACCACACCCCUUCUCAUUACAGAGAUGCACAUCACCUAAUAUGCUUAAUUGGUAGUAGGCUUUCGAGCCUAUACAGCUUGGAGUAAGACAACAUGCAUAAAGAGGAUGAUGUGGUCAAAAUACUCAUUUGCCUAAUAAUUCUGCACUCCCUGUAUAUAUAUAUAUAUAUAUAUAUAUAUAUAUUUAACACACACACACAAUGGCGGUUUAGUUACAUUAUAUGAUGUAUGAUCAUAUAAUGUAACUAAACCCCCAUUAUUUUUUGCCUAGAUUAGGUGUUUUUAAUAAAACUAGCAAAAUCUGUCAGCACCAAAGUAGCUGUUUAGUAGAUAAGGGAGUGCGCUGGAUUUUCAUUUUUACUGUACUUAUUGGCCCCCAGCAGCACCCCAUUUAAGCAUGUUCAGGUGAGUGCAGCCAGCCCCUUGUUUUCAUAUAUAUAUAUAUAUAUAUAUAUAUAUAUAUAUAUAUAUAAACAAAAUAAGCCCAAAUGUGUGCUAAUUUUUUCAAUUAAUUUAGGUAUUACUGUAAAAUAUGUCAGAUACUUGCAGCACAAUUAAGCAGGAUGAGUACAAACAAGUCAUCAGCAGUGGUUUAGGAAUUGAGAUGCUAUUACAAUAUUUGAAAGAGCAAUGAAAUUAAAAUAUCGAAUUGAGAUCAACUGAGGUACCAUUUCAGUAGCUAAUAAAGUUUAACCACUGUUUAUUAAAAAAUCAGAUGUUCAAAUCCGUUUUUCCAGAAGGUCUUGUGAUGUACUGGUAGGAAAGACACCCAAUUAAUGAUUUCAUUAAUGUCCCAAAAUGCAUAACUUACCUAGGAGAUAUUUUGUCUGUAUUGCUUUGAGGUGCAGCCUUGUUUAUGUUCUUUAAUGGUAUAGCUUUGACCAUCUUUAACUACUGAAAUUCAAUAAAGCACACUUUUCCGAGCAAAUCCCUUUCCUGACAGACGUGUGUGAGUGCCAAUUGGAAUUUAAAAAAAAAUGUUUUCAACUUUAGAAUGUUAAUGUGUUGUUGAUAUCAUCUUGUUUUAGACCACAGUAUGGAGGUAAAUUUUGCCAGGGGUUGAGUCGUAUUUACCAACUUUGCAAUACCCAUGCCUGCCCUCCCAAUACUCUUGAUUUCCGUGCCCAACAGUGUGCUGAAUACAACAGCAAGCCAUUCAGGGGGUGGUAUUACAAAUGGAAGCCGUACACUAAAGUUGAAGGUAAGUAACUCAGUGGUCCAUACCAACCCAGAAAGAUGUAUAAGAUAAGCACCAUGAGAUAUUUGUAUUCCCAAAACAUCACUGCACUGCUCUAUGAUUCUCUAGUCUUGAAAAUUGACCUUAUGUCACCUGAACAGUCUGUAGGAUGACGCCGUCUCUUGAAUUUGUCUUCUGUACUGUCACACUUGAAUACAUUUGGACACAGUGUUUAGAUUGCCUCUUAGAUGUCCCUCUUCCAGAAUAAAUAAACCAAGCUUGCUACACACUCAUCAUAUUUCAAUUACUCAGUUCAUUUUACUAUUUAUGUAGCUAUAAAUUCAUUGAAUUAUGGUCCACUAAGAAAUUGGAUGGAGAUCUGUGUUAUGUUAUGCUUCUAAAAGACCCAAACAUUAUCUGCCAAUUCUUUUAACACUUCAUUUAAAAUCUUUGUUUUCACAGAAGAAAAUAUUUGUAAACUCUACUGCACAACAGAAGAUUUCGACUUUUUCUUUGCACUAUCAAACAAAGUCAAGGAUGGAACCCCAUGUUCUCCAAAUGGAAAUGAUGUCUGCAUUGAUGGAAGUUGUGAGGUAUUAAAUACUGUGACUCUCACAUCCCAUUUACCAUUACUCCAGCAUAUAUUUACUUUUGUUUUUUUCAUGUGUUAUAUGAAAUAUAAGCAAUGUGAUGGAACAUGUCUAGAAUCUGAUAUGCAGAAUAUCAUGUAGAUUGUGAGACAUUUAAGAUGCAUUAUUUCAAAACGAGAUGUUUUGCGGUAGUGUAUGCACUUGCUGAAGGUAUCUGGAAUAGAUGUUGUCCACAAACCUCUGCUUUCAAACAUUUAGUGAUAUACACAAAAUUGGAGAUUGUGGAAAUUGAUAAAGGUAGAUUGGGUUCUGAUCCAAUAGAAACAAACUGGGAAAAUUGAUCAACUCAUUUAUUAUAAAAGAGACAAAAAGGGGGCAGCGCUAUAUAACAGAGGAAGGGGGGGAAGCACACCUAAAAAGGGAAGUAGGAAGUAGGACAAACAAAACUUAAAACAGAUGUCUACUCACAUAAGAUAGAGCUAUAACCAGCUCUAGGUAAAACAGCAUGAAGUGGUUUGUAAUCCCCACUUGCACCCCCUCUGGGUAUGGUAAAUGGUGAGGCAAAUCACAACUGGAUAGCAGUGAGGCAUUUAAAGGACCUACCAAGUCUCCUAUAGAUAGAACAAUCUCAGUUUAGACAGGCAAAUUUAAAAAAGAAAAUUUCAAACCAAUGCCCAAGGUCAAAGCUGAAAGCUUAAAACAAUACGAAUCUAGUGAAAGAAGAGACUAGAGGAUAAAAUUAUACAGUAAUAUGAGUACAAAGAUAGCCCACAUUCUCUUAUAAAUUAUUGUAUACAGCUUUAAUAAAAAGCUGCCAGUCGAGGGUCUGCUGAACAUACAUUUGUCUUGUUAAACAUAAUUUUACAAGUUCAUAAAAGAUCCAUCUAUAUCCAACAUGUACAAACACUAGACCAUCCUGAAGCGUAACCAAAAUAUGUAUAAUUUACAAUACAGCAAAAGAAGGAUUUUAACUAAGUACUUAAUUAAUUUCCUGCAUUGUAAUUUGCAUUAUCUGGAGUUGAGUAAAAUAUCAUUUUACAGAAUGUACAAGCUAGAGAAUGGAUUUUAAUUUCAGGCCUUGGCUCUGAGACAGCAGGAAGAAAUUAGCCGUUGCAUCCUCUGAUAUGAUAUGUUCCGACAUUCUCAGGCUUCUAACAUGCUUUUUUUAUUCUGUGAUUCUGGUGGCAGCUUGUAGGGUGUGAUUAUAUUCUUGGAUCAAAAGCAAGUCUGGAUGCCUGCGGGGUUUGUAAAGGUGACAACUCGACAUGUACAUUUUACAGAGGGCAGUAUCUCAACCAUCAUAAAACUAAUGGUAAGGAUAUUUUAAUAUUUUGCAAGACAAAAAUGUGCAUAUAAUAAUUCCAGCUUCUCACAUUUUUAAUUGUCUUAAAUUACCUCUCGACCCUCUUGUCUGUCUCUACCUGUCUAUCCAUCUGUUUGUCUAUCUAUCUACUUUAAACAAUAUUUAAUAUGCCUGAUAGUAGACAGGUGUACCACAGAUCAGAUUGAGUAUUUAAAGGAUGCUAUAGCAAACUGGUUUCAUAAGAAUUUAGAUCUGAUAUAGAAUAAAACCUUUCUCGAUAUGAGUCAUAUAAUAAAUGGUCUAUUCAAUAAAGUUUGUUAGUAAAUGUAAAAUUUUUGUUUUAACUUUGCUAGCUGCCUCUUAUCACUGGGGUCACUUACAAUAGAAUACAUGCUUUAAUAUUUUAUAAAGGGUUUGCGUACAAUUCAAGUGACAGUCCAUAAUCCGGAAUCAAGAAAAUCCAUUUUGUUGAUUUGCUCGUUGCUUUGACCAAUCACAUUUAGCUUGGUAAUUCUAAAAACUUACCAAAUCACCUGAUCUACCAUGAGGAUGAACAAUAUUAGUUUACAAGUUAGUUUAUGACUGGUCAUGUAGUAACAGAGAUUCCGCAGACCUGCUGGAGAUAAGUUUCUCUCUAAAGUUGGAUAGCCAGUAGAAAAGUAAAAAUAGGAAUUAAUUUAGUUUAUUUUUGUCAUUAAACGUCACUGCUGCAGUGUUCAGAGGAAGCACUGAUAUAAGGUAUAUUCUUUAAAGUUUAGAGAACAUUAUGACCAAGUUGGUUAACUUGCUUACCAAGAGCUUUUGAUGAUCUGCUAACUAUUAAAUAAUUGUGUUAUUACACACUGCCAUGGUAAUGGUAAAAUGUGCUUCAUACUUUUGUCUAGAGUAUUAUUCCAUUGUGACUGUACCAGCAGGAGCAAGAAGUAUCCACCUUUAUGAACUUGAGACUUCGACAAGCUACUUUGCAGUUCGUAACCUAAAUAAAAAGUAUUACCUAACAGGAGACUGGACCAUUGAUUGGCCUGGAAAGUUUUUCUUUUCAGGCACUGUUUUUAACUAUCAACGGUCUUACCAACAACCCGAAAGCCUAUAUGCAGCCGGACCACUUAAUGAAACACUAGUCUUGGAGGUAGGUUAUCUCUCUUCAUUUUUAAACAAAGUUGAUUCUUUAACAUGGACAUGUGUCGGUCUCGAUUGCUUCUUGGGGUUAUUGAUCUUUUCCUAACCUGACAUGAACGUUCCUAUAAUAAUUGUUUCCGUACUGCUGCUGACAUGACAAAUCUCCUACUUUAAAAAAAGGCAACUAGGUGGAAUGAACCACUCUAAGUAAACCCAAUGGAGCGCUAAUAUUUGAAUAUACACUUACCUCUUUUAUUAAAGGGGAAAUACAGCUGAAACAAGAUAAAGUGGCAAAAUUUAGUGCAAUAUGCCUGAUAUGGUUGAAGUGGUUUAAGGUGUAUAUAAAACCCACUCACAUGGAGCAUAGCCCUACAACGAUAAACUCAAAUCUCAUCGGCAGGGGCAUAUUAAGGCAAUACCAGACCUCUUCUGUAUAUGUACACAGGGAGUGAGAUAAAAAAUGAAUCAAACACUUCUAGUGUAUUAUCCUUAAUACAAGUAUAAAUGAAUGAAAAAUACAAGUGAUUGCUCACCUUUUAAAGAGCCAAUUGUACCAGGCUCUAAGUAUAGUAGUAUAUGUGCCUUUAAGAGGGCACAGCUCUUCUUUACUAUGGAGCAAGAUCUGCAGGAACUCACUGGACUUAGUAAAAUGGCUAAUAUACUUUAUGCAAUAUAAUAUCCUACUUUGUCUGUACUAGACUUGUAUUAGGCAAGAAAAUUUGGCUUGGCCGAACCAUUUUUCCUAAAAAUAGAAAAUUUUUCAAGACGCCUGAAAUUCUUAGUGAACUUUAUUAUGGACUUUGAUAAUAUCACAUACCAACUACUACUCCUAUCAUUUUAACUGAAAUAUGUACCACUUCUCAAGCUGAAAAUAUGAUUUUGGGUUUCUUAAAGAAGCAGAAUUCGUACUAAUGGUAAAUUGCAUUAAUUGUUUUGUGCCUCUGUAGUAAGGUAUGCUACUUUCUAUACAAUAGUAAAAGAUAUAUAAUAUAAAACAAUUUCUGGUAAUUUUGUGCACAGCAAGAAUAUUUUCACGAUGGAAGAAUUUCAGCCAUAUGUCGCCUUAGUCGAAUUUAUACUAUAUAAUAUAUGUGGAAGGCAUAUGCUUGAAAUUGUGGGAGGGGUUAUUUGUCCUAUUUAAAAGCCCAGUAACCUCUGCUUACCUGUCAUCACCAUUUUGGUGACUAUAUAUAUAUAGAGAAAAUAUUUACAAAAAUGUGAGGGUUGUACUCACUUUUGUGAGAAACUCUAUAUAUAUAUAUAUAUAUAUAUAUAUAUAUAUAUAUAUAUAUAUAUAUAUAUAUAUAUAUAUAUAUAUAUAGAGUUUCUCACAAAAGUGAGUACAACCCUCACAUUUUUGUAAAUAUUUUAUUAUAUCUUUUCAUGUGACAACACUGAAGUAAUAGCACUCUGCUACAAUGUAAAGUAGUUAGUGUACAGCCUGUAUAACAGUGUAAAUUUGCUGUCCCCUCAAAAUAACUCAACACACAGACAACAAAAGUGAGUACACCCCUAAGUGGAAAUGUCCAAAUUGAGCUCAAAGUGUCAAUAUUUUGCCUGCCCAUCAUUAUUUUCCAGCACUGCCUUAACCCUUAUGAGCAUGGAGUUCACCAUAGCUUCACUGGUUGCCACUAUAAUCCUCUUCCACUCCUCCAUGAUAACAUCACAAAGCUGGUGGAUGUUAGAGACCUUGCACUCCCCCACCUUCUGUUUGAGGAUGGCCCACAGAUGCUCCAUAGGGUUUAGGUCUGGAGACAUGCUUGGCCAAUCCAUCACCUUUACCUUCAGCUUCUUUAGCAAGGCAGUGGUCGUUUGGAGGUGUGUUUGGGGUCGUUAUCAUGUUGGAAUACUGCCCUGUGGCCCAGUCUCCAAAGGGUGGGCAUCAUGCUCUGCUUCAAUAUGUCACAGUUUAGUAAUUUAGACAUUUCCACUUAGGGGUGUACUCAGUUUUGUUGCCAACGGUUUAGACAUUAAUGGCUGUGUGUUGAGUUAUUUUGAGGGGACAGCAAAUUUACCCUGUUAUACAGGCUGUACACUUACUACUUUACAUUGUAGCAGAGUGUCAUUUCUUCAGUGUUGUUACAUGAAAAGAUAUAAUAAACUAUUUACAAAAAUGUGAGGGGUGUUUUUUUUUUCUAGAGCUUGAUAAUUUGAGCUCAACUCGACCGAUCACCUGAUCGGCCCAAAUUCAGGUGAAUUGCACUUCGGACCUAAACGAAUCUCCAAAUCUAGUCCGAAUAAAAUUCCUUUUAAUCCACACCUGAAUAAUUCCAUCAGUCAGUCCAGGAUUUGCCUCAGUAGUCUUAAUCAAUAAAUAAAGAUUCCACAGGUGAAUCCUGGAUGGAACAGUUCAUUCGGUGUAUUAAAAGUACUUUGAUUCCAAAAUAUUUUUGCACAAUUUCAUUUAAAAUUAGUUUUCUUAUUGAGAACAAUACUGCUAUCAGAAAUCUUAAACUCGACAUUUUUUUUUAAAAUCCAGCUCCUCACUGUUCAGCCCACUACUCAUGAACUAUUUUCCCUUCCACCACUUCUCUUCUUCUUGAUGACCCUUUGAUCUUCAUCUACCUCUUGCUUCACCAUCUCCUGGCCCUUCAGUGUCCAAUGUAGCAACAAACAUUUUUCUAAAUUUCGUAACCUCUUCACAAACAACCAAAGUAAAUUUCAAAGUCAUUUACUAUAAAUCUUCCAGCAUUAUUUUUCCUUAUGCUUACUGUGCCUUGACAUUCUCUAAUAUAACAGCUGCAUGAAGUUUACAGUUAUAGGCUGGCACCGCCAUGGAGGAAGCCACAGCAUGACGUUGGACCAUAACUAGAACACCUCCCCUCCAGUUACCCUAAUGCACCUUUCACUUGGGAUUGUCUGCUCUAGAUGUGUUUCCUUACAUAUAGCUUCUCAAAUUUCACAGAUAUUUUAUUGAAAACUCCAAUCACCAUGUAUAAAAAGACAUUAGUGAUUACAUGUAAUUGAACAUAUAAUUCCUGAUUUUUUAAAAUACAUUUUUUAAAUAUAGGAUGUUUUGAGAGUUUGCAGUAAUGCACUUUUUCUCUUUACACCAAGAUGAGUCAGGCAUACAUUAUGACCAGAUAGCGACAGUUAGUACGUUUUACUAUUUAGCAUGGAAACCUGAUCCUAUAUAGUGUUAAGCAGCUCUAAUUAAAAGGUUAUUCCAAUCACCAUGACCACAUCAGUGAUUUAAAGUGGUCAUGGUACCUGGAGUCUGUAUGUACAGCAUUUUGAUAUGAAAUGCUUUACAUAAAGAUUUUAACCACCCAGGUGUAAUUACACCUCUGGCAUCAACAUUGGAGCAUCAUUAGUCAUAAGUAAGCCCAAGAUAUGAUCAGAAAGUGAAGAAUAAAAUAAGGUGAAUUUGAUUCGGACUAGACUUGGAGAUUCGUUUAGGUCUGAAGUGCAAUUCACCUGAAUUUGGGCCGAUCAGGUGAUCGGUCGAGUUGAGCUCAAAUUAUCAAAAAUAAAAUAAGUUGAGUAGAACAAUAUACCAUGUUAACCACCAGUAAUGUUAUAAACAUACAUUUAUUUAAUAAAAAUUAGAUCAAUUGUAACACAAGUCCCAUGCAGUGAAGUGUGGCUAGGGCUAUAAAACAAAGUGAUUUAAGUCCUGAAUGAAAGAGAAUUGAGCAGUAAGACUGCAGGGACAUGUUCUAUUCAUCAAAACUGCUUCCUUAAGAUAAGGUCAUUUUUGGUAACUAUAGGGUCCCUUUAAUAUUAAAAUCUAUGUCUUGGAUACAAAUGGAAUUUGAUGUCAAUAGUGACUGCAAUUUUUUCAUUUUCUGACUAAUUUCUAAAUAAAUGCAAUAAGCAUCAAAACUGCCCCAUGUUCUGUACGAUAUUCUUAAAGCCAACACAUGGCAAAGCAGAAUCAUCUUUCCGCUAAUUUUAAUGUUUCUCCGAUAACAAAAUUCAUCAAUAAUUUGCAGAGGUGCUUUAUGUGUAUGGAACAUGUAAUUUUGUGAAAAGUGCAGAUUUCAAUAGAAAUUGACACUUUAGAAAAUAACCUAGAUACAUCUCCUUGACUGUCAAUCAGUCCUGUUACUUCCUGGUUUGGUUAGUUGAGUGGAGCUAAACUCGAAAGGCAGCAAUUGCCCAGUGUACCUGCCUUGCAAGGACUUCUCAUUGAGAUACAGUGGAAGUCUGUGAUGGGACAGUCAUUAGGGUAGAAUGGGAGGACUUGCAUAGGCUGGAGACAAGAGAUCAGCAGCUUUUGAUAUUUUUUGAUAGACCUCAAUGAAAAUGUUCUCAUUAUAAGUAAAUCUACUGAACAGUAGAGAGUGACAGUAGAGAGCAGAGAGAACAUGUCGAGAGUGGAAUGUCCCUUUAACAAUAUACAGCUUUUUCCCUUCUACCUGAUGGGUAACCACUUUCAUUUAUGGUGGACUGUAAAAAAUGAGUUCGGUUUAUAUUUGCUGCUAUAAGUAAUGCAAGUUUAUAUUUUACUUUACUUUUCCUGGUAAGUUCCAGAAUUGGAGUCUGUGGUUUAGAACUUAAGAAGCUGUAAAUUUUAUAACUCUGCCCUGUGGUCAGGCUUGCUGUGUGUUGUGUCUCAAGUCAGGUCGUUAAUGUUAAGUAGACCUUAAACUAAACGCAGAACCUGGCCAUGUUUAGAGUAGUUGAUCACCAAUUUAAAUUUAGGAACAAUUGCAGUUUGGCCAAGUAGGUUUUGCAUCUUGGCCAGUUAAGUAGGCUGUAGUCCCGGAGGUCCUUCCAGCUUGAAGGCUUUUUAUAUGAUUGACUCACAGUGCAGCCGUUUAAUGUGGAGUUGUUAGGAAAUGGCUUCAUUUAUUAUUUAGGAAAUGUUUAAAUUACCCCUUGGAUCAGUUCCACUAACUCUUUAUAAAUGGAAAUGCUACGGUAGCUUCUAACAGAAUUUUUCCCAUUUCUCUGUUAUACUUUUUAUACGGAUUUUCAUGCUGAGUACAUUACAGAAAACUGUAGCUUGUCAAUAUAUUAUGCAAAUGAAUCUACGGUUAUCACUGCUGCCAAAAAAUAUGCUGGAAAAUUUGGCACAGUGAUGCUCCAAAUAUUUUAUGCUGUGAAGGUUUUGGAUUUCAUUUUCCCCAUUUAAAAUACAGAUUUAUUUGAAUGAUCUGUUGAAAAUGUUUAACCCAUUAAUUUUCACCUGCUUUAUACCUUUAAAAUGUUUAUUAUCCUCGGCAACAGAGGUUCUAUGACACUUAUUCUUGCAAAAAGGAUUUACAAAAAUCAAUCAAAUGUAUUGUACCCUUCAAUAAAUACAAAGAAAAAAGAUGUUGGUACAACUUGUCUUGUUGAUUGACAGAGAGUUGAUUUUGGAAAUAUGAAGCACGUUCUAUUGUUACAAAAAAAGGAGAGGAUGGAAAGGCAAAUCUUGUCCAGUUGUUGCAAAGUGAGUAGAGGUCAGAAAGACAAGGACUGACUUAAUGUGUCCAAGAUAUUUGAGGCUUACUGUUGGAAAAUCAGUAGAAGUUUGAAUGAUGAGACUUGUCUUAAUGUUGCAAAGGGAGCUUGAAAAGAUGAGUUUGCCUUAUUAGCGCAAAGAAAGUGCAGGUUGGAUUGUUACUGUCCUAAAUACUCAACUUGUAGCCUGCUGCCUCUCCGAUGUUUCUCGCCCAUGUUGUCUGGCUUUAUAAUAGAGAGCUGAUGAUGGAGGCCUUGCCAUUUUUUUCAUUUGCUCUUUGUUUUUUUUACCUGUGCUAUAUUUUUAUUGCCCCUGCCCUCUGGUACCAAUGCCUUGGCUUCACUUGUCAAUUUAUAUACCAUUAAGUUUCCCUGGACAAAACACCUUACCUAAUAUAUCCAACUACCUCAAAGCCACAUAGAUUGUGAGCUUGUUUUAGCAUGCCCUCUGUAUAUCCCCCUUUUCUAUAAUUGUACAAUUCUGUAGAAUAUGUUGACUCUAUAUAAUUUGUUAGACUAACUUGACCAUUUACUAGCAUUCCCUUACUAGUCUACCUGUUCGCAAGUUUACUUUUUGUUGAACUACUGUAGGCAUUGCAUCAGCCCACUCAGGACCUGCUCUAUGUCUCUAUCCUCUGUUCUUCUGUCUAAAUGUCUGACUAGGUUUGGGGUAUUGGCAUUCAUUUCCUUAAACUUGACAGUUGCAAAGAGAGCUGAGAUUGGAAAGAGGAGUCUCAUUUUCAUUAUUGCAAUGAAAGUGAAGGACGGUCGGCUAAGUCUGUUGCUUUUACCGAACAGUGAAUUUAUCUUAAAUUUAAAAGAGCUCUAUCGACAAUGCAUUCUUGGCUAAUAAUCAUAAAAGAAAACACAUCGGGCAAAAACAAAAGUUCCUUUUAUAGAUGCAAAGCUACAAAAUGUGCAUUUUAAAAAUGUAAUGGUUUAAACAUCGUGUUGUUGACCUUAAUCUAAACAAUGUGUUAAAAUGACCAUUUUUUUCCUGUAUCACAGCUUAUGAACUCAUUUUAUUAUUCAUUGUUCACGUUGUUUUAUUCCCGUUUGGAUUCAUUAAAAAGUUAUUUCUAUUUUCUCAAUCAUAAAAAGAUAGAAGCACACAAUGCUGGCUAGUUUUGAAGCCCUAAGCUAUUUGCAUACCUACCAAAGGGAUUUAUAUUGUAGCUGAUGUAAUGAAACUCUGCUGAAUAUCUGUCCUAAGGUUUGACAUAGACUCCAUCAAAUUUAUAGCUGUGGUACAAGUAGGAAGUAGAGAAGACACAUCACAUUAGUAAUGUACAUUUUUAAGAUGUUUUUCAACAGGGGCACUAAGGUACAAAUCUAUCUACAAAUUGCCUUCUUUACUACUUACAUUUGAAGUCAUUUGAAUAAAUAAAUAUAUAGUAUGCGAGGUGCUUGCAAAUAUAUUCAUGUCGUGUUUCUUAGAAUCUCUCUUGAAUUGUUUUUAUUCGAGGAUUUCUGGACUGAUUUAGAGAACAAUAAAAAAAAGGUUUAUUGAGCUAGUGAGAGAAUUUUACUGCAUGAAAUAAGAGUAAAUCAGCAUUUUUUUCCUAAAACCACAGAAAAAAAGGCAAGUGGAAAACAAUUCGAGUAUUCUGGAUGAUAUCCUAACUUUUCUGCUGAUUCCAACGGGACUGAUCAAUUGUAGGGCAGCUCUAGCAGAAAUAGAACUGUAGGAUUCAAUUUUAUUCAUUAUGUAAUUUGCUGCUAAACAUGAGCUAACUGCCUUGGGUUUGUUUUUCAAAAUAUUUCAUUAAAGUACACCAGAAAAUGCAUAUAACAGUCGAAGUAAGAUUCGUAAAUGUUCUCUAAUAACAUACCAAAUAUACAAAAAAAGUAUGAUUACAAGGCAAGCCAAGCAUGAACAAAAAUCUACUGCCAGAACCUGUAACCUAGUGGCAGUCAAUAGCUGUUGGGGAUCUCAUAUGGACCCCCUACAGAUAAGUUAAUUUCCUGGUGGUAUAUUUAAUUUAAUUUCUAUUACCACUCUACAUGUGACAUGUGCAAGGGAAACAGAUAUUUCCAUAACUAUUGCCUCAGUUUAAUAUUUUUGGAUACGCCUUUUUGGAUGUUUUUGAUAUGUGAUAGUUUUUUUCUAUUUUAAUAUUUUUUUUUUAAAUCACUUUGAAAUCUUUUAUUCAAAAAUAAUAAAUCCUUUGAAAAGCAUUUCCCGAAAAAAUAAAUCAAGGCCUAUGUUUCCCCUACUUUACUUGGUUUAAGUAAAGUAAUAUUUAUUUAUCCAUAGUCAAAAAUGGGUCGCAAGAGAAUACUGAGGACGGGCAGCAGCUGAAAUAGCCUGCCCUUCGGUCAGUCCCCACUCAGUUCUCAAGCUGAUUUUUGCUCAUAUUGUCCCAUUACAGAGAGAACAUAUCUGAAGCAUAUCAGACUGGUCCCACCCAUACGGGCAGUCCAGAUACGCAAAUUGCAUCAGAAAAGAAGGAAGAUGGAAGAUUAUGCCAUCUUUCAUUCACAAUGGACUACCAUGGAAUAAAAUUAUUAUAGGGGAAAUGGCUGUUGGGUCAAAAAGGAUUUGAAGAUUUGGACUUGAGUACUGCUAAACCCCAUGAUUUAAUGUUAUUCCACUGUGCACUGUUGUAUUUGUAUGAGGUUCUGGGAGUGCGCUUAUGUGAUUUUAUUUCUGCUUGCCUAUGUGCAUAAUGUCUCAAAACAAAUUGCUAGGUAAAUAAAAAGUAGUACAUUUGCAUUGAGUUAUGAGACUCUUCGAUUGGCUCUAGAGAAAACAAAUGUUUCCAUUUAUCAUAAAAUUAUGGCUAUUAAGAAAUGUUGUGCAUUUCAUUACCAGUGGGUAGUAGGUACUGAAGAAUUAUAAUUAUCAAUUAAUCAUACUAUACUAUAAAUAUCAAAUAUUUCUAAGCCAAACCUAAAUAUAUUCAAGCGGUAUAUUGGAUCAUGGUAUAAAUGUGCACACACAAAAAAAAAAAGAUUAAGUACAUAAAUGGUAUCACUCACUGAGAUGUAUUUACUAAAUACCCUUUUGUAAGGAAUUUCCAACAUAUCUUUAACAAUUAGGCCAAAAUGGCUAAUUCGCCAAAAACAGAUGACAGCGUAUUUUUCAUUUUUUUUUUUCUAAACUGUGUAUUUUGAUCUCAUUUUGUAAUUCAUCAUAUGGAUGUUAAGGGUGUUUACUGUGAGGUAAGCAGGGUGUAAGCUCAAUGAGUUUACUCAACAAGGAUAAGGUUAUGAAUUACAGAAGUAAUUUUCUAAUUAGUUUGCAAUGUGUUCUGUUUGAUAGGUAACUAUAUACUUAUUAAGCUUCAAUAUGUUUUUCAUUAAGAUCCUGUACCAAGGGAAGAAUCCCGGUAUUGCAUGGGAGUAUACCUUACCCACAUCUGCAAAUGAAAACCCUUCAACAAAGAAAACAGGUUUUUCCUGGGUACCGUUGUACACAGAGUGUUCUACAACAUGUGGUGGAGGUUAGUUAUGGCUACACCUUUGUAAUCUUAGAAUCUUAGACACUAAAAGUAUGCAAUCAUUCUACAUCAUUCUUCUGGAUCAAUCUGGGCUCCUUUUUUCUAAUGCAUUCAAAAAUGAAGUGUUAAGUAGUUUACAAGUCGCCAUUAGUUUAAUUUGUGAAUACAUGUGAAUGUAACUACUGGACAAGCUAAUAGAUACUGCAGUGCUGUGAUUCAGCCUAUAAACAUUAUUAGCAAAGGUACUGGGUGUACAAAACUUGUAUGGCCAGGGUUAAGUAAGGCUAUAUCUGUGAUGUCAUGCAAUGCAUACAACUACAGCUAUUUAUGUUUUACAAAAAGUGCAGAAACCAUGGUUAAAUACCACUAGCGAAAAAUGUUUGCCUCUACAUAUCUUGUAGCACAUGAAUAUACAUUGUGGAAGAGAUUGAGGGCAAGGCGAUCUAUCUUUGUUCAUCUCAUUUGCAUAUGGCCACCCAUAAUCCCUUGCAGUAAUAACAGCAUUGCAAAUGUGAGAUUUAUGUAGGACAAGUAAGUCUUAUGGUUCGGCUGGUGUGUGCAGAUCUGUGCUUAACAAUGUAUUUACUAUCCACUGACUUUGGGUGGACGGGGUUUUCAAUUACAUUGUUCCCCAUUAUAACUAUACUAGAAUGUACCGAUCGGAAGUGAAGAAGAGAUAUCUUCUCUGCUUGGAACUCCCUGGAUUACAGGGGGUUAAAAAUUAUUUUCAUGUUGCCAUAUUGUAUCAGCUGUCUAGGGACAUUCUGGCACACUGAUAAACUGAGUAACAUUAUUGCUGAUAAAAUAAUGUUAACCAGUAUUUAGAUGCAUUACAAGAUUAGGUGCAAUAAUAUAAUAUGUUAAAUUACACACAUUUAAAAUGUAAUGUUUUUAAAAAGUUAUUUUCAUGAUUUCAAAAUGUGAAUGUGGCUAAUGUGUAGAAGUCAAAACCUUCCUUACACAAUCCACUAAAAAUAAAUGUACGUCCCAUCCAUUCCAGGUUAUAUGACUGCAAAAUUGGUUUGCCUACAAGAUCUCCGUGUUCAAGUGAAUUCCACUUUGUGUGGACCAUGGACCAAAAAUCUCCUUCCUCCAAAAAUAUGUAAUAUUCACCCAUGUCCAGCAUAGUAAGUGUUAAAUUAUAUCAUUUUAUUCAAAGUGCAAUCUUUUUUACUCCCCCGCUCCCCCCCAGUGUUUUAGCAAAUAUUUUACUUCUUUUUUUUUUUUUGGUGUUAUUUUUUAGUGUGUAAUGCUUUGACUUAAUGUUUUAAUUUAAAUUUCAGUUUUAAAUUAUUAUUACAUCUUAAAAUAGAAAUCCAAAUUCAUUCACAUGUAUUAAUAUAUGGCCUGUCGUCAGAUAUUCCCUUUAGGAACAAACACAGAAAUAUACAAUAUAAUAAUAUUCAUUAUAUAAAUCCCACAUUCUGUUGACACGGUAAACAUCAGUGUUACAGAAGAGUAUUGCCCUGUAUUUUUCUUGCUAUGUUGUAGUUUAGAUCUGUUGUAGUUUGCCUCUACUGCCUGUCUAUACCAGUAACAUUAAAUGCUCUGCAUUCACUUGAAUCCAGAUAAAGUUAUAUUCUGCAAGCAUAACUAACAGCAGUAGAACUCUGCUGGUGAAAUUGGAAAAAUAAAAACUGUUACCAAAUGCCUUUUUAUGGGCAGCUCUAAGAUUCUGGAGAAGAUUGGUGUGAAGUCUCUUCCUCAAUGUCAUCUAUAUUUGUGAAUAGGUUGAAACUCUCUCGGGAAUGCCAAUGAACCCCCCCCCCCCAAAAAAAAAAAAAUAUUGCCACUAGACCACUUUUUCUUACCCCUCACACUCUACUUAUCUGCCUUGCAAAGUAACAAACAGCAUUGCCAGAAUUCAGUACUGAGAACGUUGCAGUUCUACGCCUGUUAAUGUACCUUUUAGCCUCCCAUUACCUAUCCUAACAAGAGACCCUUGUAACUUUUUAUAACUCAUGUCUAGAGGAAUUUUUAAAUGAUGCUGAACUUCUCUUAAUAAAACUGUCUGUGCAAAAUACUUUGAGCUUCACUGUAGUCCUGAUUUCUUUGUCAGGUUGAGAAGAGCAUUAAAUGUUUGUCAGGAGGUAAAGGCAUACUCUGUAUUUUUAAUUGGCCAUGUCACCCUAGAGGGUAAUUGUAUUUUCAGUAAACAAAUCCUGAGGUUGUACUGAGUUAAUAAAUGGCUUGCAUCCAUAAUUUAAUGGGAUGCGAGCCUACAUUUGAUGCCCCCUUAGCUGAUUUACAUGUCAGUAAAGCUCCUGAGGCAAAGGAACUUUGUCUUGCUAGUAAGCAGAAGAUACAUUUGAUGUCCGUUAGUGAAUGUACUUGACAGUAAGACACUUGAGGCAAUGGUAUGUUGUUUUGGUACUAAGCUGUACAUGUAAAGCACUGAUCUAUUCUUGUAUAAUUACCUGCUUGUGUUUAUUUGGCAAUUGAAGAAGAAAGCUUUAAUAAUUAUGCUUGUUAAUCAUUAAUAAUUAAAAAUGAUGAAUACUUAAAUAAAUAUUAGUAAAUAUAUGGGCAGAGAAUAAAAAAGCAAGUCAUUCUACUUACAUUGUUUUAAUAUACAUUGGCCAUUAUCAAAUUGUAAAUUCCUGUUAGCAUCUUCCAUUGUUGAAUCUGUCUAUAUUGAUUAUUAAUUAAAUAGACUAAACCAAAAGCUAAAAAAUAUGUGUCCUUCACUUGCAGCUGGAGAACAGGUGAGUGGAGUCCAUGCAGUGCUUCAUGUGGUGGUGGUGGUGAACAGACACGUCAAAUUCAGUGUGUCCAAAAAAAGGAAACAAAUACUGAGGAGUUGGUCAGCCACUCACACUGUCCCGUAAGCACUCCUACCCAAGUGCAGACCUGCAAUAUCCAAGACUGCCCAGCAGAGUGGAGCACAGGACCCUGGUCUGAGGUAACUUCCUAAAAAGAGAACUACAACUCUUAUAUUUUGUGAACAGGACUUACUCAGUGAUUAAAUUGGCACUGUUCUCCUCCCUCUCUCACUGAAAAAUAAGUAUUUCAUAAAGAUAGAAUUGUUAUGAAAUACUCAUCUUGACUGUGUUGGAAUUUCACUGAACUUCACUGAAAUUCCUUCCCGGUCAAGAGAUAUACAGAGACUAAAUAAGGACUACUUUGACUAUUUUUCUCCACCUCCUGACUUUCUUUGACACAAGGCAGAGCUACAGAGUCAAUCUGUGUUUAUGGAGGCUGUGUAUGUGGAGGAUUCCGCGGUCUCGUGAGAUUCCCCACAGACAGCAAUGCUGUACUCUCACACACGCACAAGAGUACUUUAAUCUGAUCUCAUUCUAUUCCAACGAGGUUUGUGAAAUAAUUUGGUAGGUUUGUUGAACUCCACCUUUCAUAAUCCUAGCAGAUCUAUACCAAAUUUAUACUUGGAAAAGUUGGUACAUUUCCUGGUAAAAAAAGGUUUAAUAUAUUUUAUUUAAUAUUGAAUUACUCUUUAAAACAUGUAUACAUACAUUUUGUUUUCUAGUGUUCUAAAACCUGUGGAAGGGGGAUUAACAAACGUGAAGUUUAUUGCAAAAGUGUGAGCUCAGGAAAGUACAAAGUAAUACAAGAAAAUCUGUGCCCUGUGGAAGGGAAGCCUGAACCCAUUCAGAGCUGUAUACUAACACGUUGCCAAAAAAGUGACAAACUUCAGUGGGUGAUUUCAGCAUGGUCUGAGGUAAUUAUCACAGAUUAUAACCUUAUAGGGGAAAUAAAAAAUGUAAGCACAAUGUAUUUAUCAUUAUUCAUACAAUUUUACAUACACAUUUCUGUGUUCUCUGACUUCAUGUCCUAUGCCUAGCUCCACCCCCUUUCUCACUCAUGUCAUACAGGAAAACAUUACUUCACCGUUCUACUUAUGUAUUUAUACUGUGUGAGUACAAACUGCAUGCUUAGUCCAUGAACGUCAGACUCUUUUACUUGUAGUACCUGUGUUUUAUGCAUGUACACAAAGAUUAUUCCCUACCUGGCUCAGAGCACUGAGCACCAAGUCAGGUAGGGAAUAGUGCUGCUUGCAAAAAAAAGGAGAUUGGCUUGAAUGGAACACACUUACUUAGCUAAGAUUAGAUAAGAUUAGAUUUCAUGGACAGCUUCCUAGGGCAAUAAACUGUAGUGGUUAGGAUUGUCCUGACUAGGCAUCCUAGGAAAUUUGCAAACUUGAGGAGUGUCAAAGUUUACUACUUGGUUAUCUUAAUAACCAGCAUUUUGAUUUAUUAUCCUACCUUUUUUUUUUACAUUGGAUGAGAAGUUUAUCAUACAUUUUAUGUUUAAAAUGAUUUAUAUUUUGUGUUCAGUGUUCGACAACAUGUGGUCCUGGGAUUAAAAAACGUGAACUCAAAUGUGGUGAAAAGGAUAAUCAUGGCAAAUUAAUCACGUUCCCACAAAGGAGAUGCCGUAGCCUCUCAAAAGUGAAUAUAGCACUUGAGCAGACAUGUAACAACAGCCCAUGCCCAGUAGAAACAUCUCACAAUGUGUAUAAUGGAUGGCAUGCUUCACCGUGGCACCAGGUACUUUAUGACAAAAAGGUUCUGCUUACAUGUUGAAUGCAACAUCAGUUGUGUUCUAUAGUACAUUUUGCUUGGUGGUGUGACUAUUAUAAAUAAUAAUAAGUGAGCAUUUUGAAAACAAGUACCAUUAAGACCUGAUGAAGAAAUAUCUCAUAGAUGUCAAGGGUUAUUUUCAAAUAUUCAUAUUCCAAAUAUUCCAAAUGUCCAAUUUUCUGGGAUAAUCUUAGUUCCUCAUCACAUAUUUAUGUGUCUUUCCAGUGUUCUGUGACAUGCGGUGGAGGUGUACAAGUCAGGAACGUUCAAUGUCUUCGUCAGGGAAGACCAGCCUCUGGAUGUUUGCCACAUCUGAAACCUAUCACAUCACAAGCUUGUAACACAAACUUUUGUCCAUCUUCUGGGACAAAAGGUAGUUCAUUUCUUUCAUCCUUUUUAGUACUAGCAUUACUACAACCAGGUGUAUGGUAUCAUAUAUGAGUUAUGAUCAAUAUCUAAAAUAUAUGAGAGUAUUAUUUGUUAGGUGUAGGUAGGUCAAAUAUUGCAACCCUUUGAACUUUGUUGAAAGCCCUCUGUCUUCAUAUCCUAAUGAUUAACAUCCCACGCAUAUGUGUAGACAUAAGAUAAUUUAUUUUAUUUUCAUUUUUUAUAAUAACCUUUUUGUCACAAAUGCACAUCCUGCUAAAUUCUGUAAAAUAUGAAUUGUUUUGGUUGUUCAAAAACUUUAUUUAAAGCUGCCACUAAGUUUGAUUUCUGAAUGUUUUGAAUGGUUUCGUUUUAUAUAUAUAUAUAUAUAUAUAUAUAUAUAUAAAAUGAAACCAAUAUGUGGUACAUCGAUUUAAUGCAAUCUACUAAUUUAAUCUAAAAACAAUGGCUACAUAUUUGAAACUUUGUUGAAAAAAAGGAAAUAGAACAUAUUGACAUACAAAUGAGUCUUCUCGAUUAGGGAUUCAGUAGUCCAUAUUUGUUAGAUAACAUUCUCCAAUGAGCCAUUGUUUUUAUUUGUUUAUUUUUUUAUGUGUAUAGUUAUAUAUAGUUUCACUGACUUUGUAAAAAGAGCCCAAAAACUAACUCACCUGAAUGUUUUAACUUACAGAAGAUUCAUCUUGUGUUGAUUACUUUACCUGGUGUUCACUGGUCCCUCAGCACGGAGUCUGCAAUCACAAAUUCUACGGAAAACAAUGUUGUAAAUCAUGUACGAGAAAGAAAAACUAUGGUGAUCCUCUGAACUUUCAUUGACAGCACGUUCCUUGAGUCUUCAAUGCAUACAUUUCCUCUGAUACUGAUAACCGUAGAUCAAAAAUUUAUCUUUGAUCUAACUGCUGAAGAAUGAACGCUACGAUGGAAAUCAGCAGAUCUUAUCAGAAUUUAAUGAAUGUUUCCAGUUACAUUUUGGAUUAAUUUAUACUGGACGGAAAUUGCAUUUUGUGCUCUCCAUUUAGGAAAAGCAGGGGACCAGUGUGCAUAUUCUGAGCCAUCAUACAAUACAUACUGUGACAAUAUAGCACUUGUUAACUGAAACUAACUUUUAUAUAUUUUUUUUUAAAAAAAAAUAUAUAAAUUCAUUUUUUCAAAUGGAUUUAUACUUUUUUGCAGAUCUGAACAAUUAUGUUAUUAAAAAAAAUUCAGCUAAAGCUAUAUAAAAAUGUAACACUACUAGAAAACAUCUACUUUAUAGGAUAUUGCUGGUGUGAUGAUUAGAUGUUUGACUGCACGAAGGAGAAAUGUUGAGUCAAAGCAGUCUGACCUUUUUAACGGGGUAGAGCAUAUUUUUGAUAAUCACAAUAAUUUGGUCUUUAACAAUGAAAUCUUCAAUAAUGAAAGCAUUGGAGAUCUCAGGCAGGCCUGAGUCCUCCAAAGAGGUUGAAGAACAUCGGAUGGCCAAGUUCUGGAGUUUACUAUGGCCAAAGCCCUACAAUUAUAAAAUCAAUAAAAUUACCAUAGUAUACAGAAUGAUUGCUUUUCUUCUUGUUCUUCUUAAGACUUUACUUGAACUCUGUGAACUGGAAAAUCAGACUCAUGAUUAGAAGACAAUCAUUCUUCAUACAUUCUGGAAAUGAGUAAGCAGGGUGGAUAUUUCCAAAGCCAGUUGAAACAAAUAUCAGCAAUACUGCAUUUUGGAUAUUGUGACAUAAAGUGAUAAACAGAAAAAUUAUACAAGAAUAGCUAUUUACAAAACACAGGUGCUUUUUAAUUUACUUGCUGCUGGAAAAGCAAGUUUCUGUUAAGUGUCAUUACGAUUGUUUGUUGAGAGAACCCUUUUUUGUUAUUCUCUAUUGUAUUAUAAGUCGACAAAAAAAUUCUAAGAUAAAUGUGUAAUGAAAAAAAUGUAUCAAACUAUCUAGAAAGGUUUUGUGUACAAAUCUAUAUUAAAUUAUUUUGCUUUUGGUAUAAAGUUGUAAUUUUCUUUUGUUUAAACAUUUGACUGUAUAUCAAACUAACUCAACCCAAGAUUUGUAGUUGGAAAGGUCCCUAAGGAUGAAAAAAACUAAAACAGAUGCAAUGGGAAAAUAAUGAAACCAUUGUGACUUUGAUUUACAUUAAAAAUGUCUAAAAUGCAUUUUAAUUCAAGAAGCCAUCUGUGGGUAAUUGUUGAAAGGUGCAGUAUUUCAUAAUUGCUACUGAGGAUGCAAUUUUGUAUAGUAAUAUUAUUAUUAUUAUUAUUAUUAUUAUGUUUAUGAGCGACAACAAAUUCUGUAGCGCUUUACAAUGGGUGGACUAACAAACAUGGAAUUGUAACCAGACAAGUUUGACUCACAGAAACAGAGGGGUUGAGGGCCCUGCUCAAUGAGUUUACAUGCUAGAGGGAGCAAGGUGAGGGAAGUAUUAGGGAAUUAGAUUGGUAGAACAGUAUUUAAUGAAGACUUGGUGUGGGGUUAUGCAGCCAUUAACAGUUUAAUUGAUAUGCUUUUGUGAAAAAGUGAGUUUUUAAUGAUUUUUUGAAGGAGUGGAGACUAGGUGAGCAUCUAACAUAAAAGGGAAGGGAGUUCCACAGGAACAGUGCAGCUCUAGAGAAGUCUUGAAGGCGAGCAUCAGAGGUGGGAGUACGAACAGAGGAUAGAUGCAGGUCUUCGGCAGAGCGUAAUGGCCUAAACGGGACAUAUGGCCUAAAUGGCCUAAACGAUGACAAAAAAAACCAUCAAAGUCACAUAAAUAAAAAGAGCUAAGGGAUAAGCAGUAGCGAUAUAAAAAUAGUAACUCCUUAAGGACCAAUCACGGUCUAUGCCACCAUAGCAAUCUCUUUAAAAUUCCUAUUCCGAAAUUAAUUCGCACUGUAGAGUCAAAAUACUAAAUAAGCAAGAUGUUGCAUGUUAACAAUCAACCUUUACCUGGAAACAUAGCUAAAAUACAAAAGCAUUUAUGAAUAUUUGCACACAUCAAGUUGUACGUUAACAAAUAUAUAUAUAUAUAUAUAUAUAUAUAUAUAAAUAUAUAUAUAUCAUGGUGUAAAAUACAUAAAUAAUCUACUUUGAGUACAUCACAGGCCAGUAGAGGUUUGGUAUUGUGUCAUGAUUUAAAGCUAUGCUCUCUUUAGCAUAAUUCGACAUUAGAUUAAAAAAAAAGACUAAAAUGAAUAACUGGAUUGCCAAAACCAUUAGAGUUCAGACAUGGUAAUGCUCUACUGUAAUUUUCUGAGGAGUGGCAUUAAAGAAGUAUAAUUAUUGAAUUCCAUUUGAUGCCACAAGUUAUUUUUUUCUCUUUUGAGGAACAAAGUUUAAUUUUACUACAGUGGUGAAAGGAACAACUAAAACUAUGAUUUUCAAAAUCAGCACUAAUGCUAGACAGUGGUCAGUUAAAAUUAGCAGCUCGAUGAAUGGAAAAUGUAUCCCUGCUUUUCAAUACUUUAUAAUAUUUUUUAUUUGGUAAAAACUAAAAUGGCUCCAUGUUGGGGACGUAUCAUAACUGUUAAAAUUCAAACUAAUAUUAAUGCUAAAUGUAAUGAAAAUAUACAUUUAUAAAUAUAGACAUUCAUUUAAAAAAUUGGUAAUAUAUUAUAAUUUUACUGGAAAAUUAUAACUCAUUUAAAUGAUGUUUGAUUACAGAAACUGUUGAUUGAUCUUCUGAAUUUAUAUAUCUUAGAGCUUUGUUCUCUAAAGUUGGAAAUAUGCUCAGUAACUGCUCAGAUAAAUGCUCAUUGAUUCAUGGUAAAGAAAACUAUGGUAUGUAUUAAAUACAUAGGUACAUGGUGACAAAAUGCAGUAUCAAUAGUAUAGCUAGUAUCAGAAGUAUAUCUUGAAAGCUGUUGUAUACAGCAAACACAGACUCAAAGGAAUCCAUGUUUACAAUGGAAUGAGGCAAUAAUGUGAUUCUUUGUUAAACUACUUUGCAUAUGCCCACCCAGAAUCCUUUGCAGUAGAAAUAUCACUGCAAAUUUGUAUGGCUUGACUGGUGUGCAGAUUUUUGUUUAACGCUGUAUUAACCAUACACAGACUUCAGGUGCAAGGGGUUUUCAAUCACAUUUAUUUUCCCAUCAUAACCUUUUUGGUUUUUGAUUCCCAAGCACUACCAAGCCUCAAUAGCCAGCCAGUAACCAACCUCAUGCUGAUGAUUUGCAUUAACAAUGAAACAGCUGUCCAUGAGUGGUUUACUGGCUUUGCAUCAUUUCUCAAGUUGUGUUUCAAAGCUGUUGUAUACAGCAAACACAGAUUAAAAGGAAUCCAUGUUUAAAAUGGAAUGAGGCAAAAAUGUGAUUCUUUGUUAAACUAAUUGGCAUAUGCCCACCCAGAAUCCUUUGCGGUAGUAACAUCACCAAAUUUGUGAUUUCUGUGGGAAAAGCAAGUCUUAUGGCUUGACUGGUGUGCAGAUUUUUAUUUAACAUUGUAAAACUAUAUAUAUAUAGGAGGGAUAAGGGCUGUAAUGGGGGAGAUAGGGGCUAUAAUGGGAAGGUAGGGGCUGUAGUAAGGGGGUAGGGGCUGUAAUGGAGAUGACAGGAGUUGUAAAUGGGGGAUAGAAAUUGUAGUGUACGGGUUGGAUGGUUAUGUGCUGUAAUAGGGGUUGAGUCUGCAGUGGUGUAUAAGGGCUGUAGUGGUGGGGUAUAGGCUUGUGUUGGAAAAUACUGGCUGUAAUGGGGGGUACAGGGGCUGUAAUGGGCAGACAGAGCUCUAAUACGGCACAAGAGGAAAUAAUCUCGAGACACUCAAUGUGUUUAAACCACAGGCAGGUUUACUGGAUCACAAGGUGAAAAAGCAGAUGCUCUGUCAAAUUUUUUUUUUUUUUUUAUAUAUAUAUAUAUAUAUUUUUUUCCAGUGCAAAAGAUACAUGGGGUACCCCAAAGGCACUCCACAUGCUAUUACGGAACAUUUCCAACAUUCAGGAGUACGUUGAUACUUGCACAUUUUUAUAAUUAGUCUGCAUUUAACCCCUUAAGGACACAUGACAUGUGUGACAUGUCAUGAUUCCCUUUUAUUCCAGAAGUUUGGUCCUUAAGGGGUUAAACUAGCUUAGCCAUACUUUAGCAUUGGUAAGUAUAAAACAAAAUUAUGUAGAUCAGGCAAAAUAGAAAGUAUAACGCUAUACAUAAGACUGCAUGGGUAUUAAAGUGGUUUAGGGUUAGUUACGUGGGUAGGUGCGGUUGUGUCUCUGAGUGUCCAGCAAAUUAAGUCCUGUACGGAAGACAGACUGAGUGUUGGGGACGGAAUGGCCGCUGAUCUCAGCCGAUGCCUCUGGUAUGUCUCUCUGGGUAGAUUGUGCUGUGGCACGGCACGGCAUCUCCCCAGUUGGUGUACCUCCGUAUGCUCGGACCAUGAGGGUCUGUGUCUGUGCUAAUGCGGUAUACCAUAUGGCGCCCUUCUCCAUUAUGCGCCGGGAAAACUGUCAUAGCUGCUUGUCCGUCGUUCUUUGGGAGUCAGGUGCUUGCACUGUUUGGAUCUCAUACCUGGCUUCGGUCGCUUUGAAGUAGAGCCUCGACGUUUUGGGGGUAGGAAUCCUCCACUGCCCCAGAACUGUGGGAGAGCUGGUGCUUGUAGGCCACGAGCUUGGGAGCCUACGAGGCCCAGGGUCGCCCCUUGCGGCGUGGUGCGGUGAGUAUCAUUCAGUCACUGGCUUGGUCGCUGUGCUGCUCUCCACCAGUGUGGCCGGCACCUCCGGGUCAUACCCUUCGUUGCUCUCAGCCCGGGAGGGCUCUGGACGUGUGGAGCUGGAGUGUGGUUCAUAGAGUUGCCCUGGUGGGUGUCCCCAUUCCUCCGCCUGUCUUCGACUCCCAUCCUCGCAGCCUUUUGGCAGAGUCUCUUGUGCAAUCUUUAGUGCAAUAUUUAGUUGCUGCUGUAGCAGUUUGGUGCCAUCGCUUGUCCGACACUUGUGUGUCAGGAUGUUCCACCAUCUUGGGGGCCCCUGCCUCCAUUUUGUGUAGGGAAAUCGGUGCGCCUGUCUCUCGGUGCGGAAGCUGGAGCACCACCCCGUCUGGUGGGGACCGAGAUAUCCCCCGUCAGUCCAUGGGGGGGGGGUGAGUUUGUUCCUCACUCAUAAUGCGGUUGGCAUCUGGCGGGAAGGCGGCCGUCCGACCACCGUGCCUCCGCUAGGCCUCACGUUGCCGCUGCGGUUCCCGGUCAAGUACGGCACUAAGGAUGGUACCGACAGGUCUGUUGGAACUUCCUCCGUGUACUGUGCCCAAUUGUGGUUAGUUUCCAUCAGUUAGAUUUAGGUUAUACGUGAUUUUCGGGCUCUCUCCGCAGGAGCUCACACAAUUUGCGACUUGUCUGUUAGCUGGUUCGGCUCUGCCCCCCCCUGUCACAUUUUGACCCAACAAACCUACCUGUGGUUUGAACACUUUGAGUGCCUGGAGAUCUAUCAUUGUGGGAUUUGCUGGUCCUGCUUCAGUGCACCUGUUAUUGACUGGUAUUGAGUCCAGUUCCUCUUCUAAUUUUGAUAACACAGGGGCUCUAAUAGGGGCUGAAGUAGGGGAAAUAGUGGAUGUAAUGGUGGGAGUGGGAGCUAUAAUGGGGGGAUAAGGGUUGAGGAGAAAUUAUGAAGAUAAAAAGCUAUAAAUAGUUAUUUGCCCCUUCUGUGGCUUACCUUGGGCAGGAACAGGGGGAUCCUUGGUGGUCCAGUGAUCCCCUGUGGUCCAGUGGCAGAUUAACAUCAUAGCUUCCCUGGUGUUCACUUUAUCUGCUCUCAAAACCUCUGGUAACCCACGUCAACAAUCUAAACACCAGAGCUCACUGGAGGAAUUUUGGUCUGGAUUUGUGUCCCACUUGGGUCAAUCACUCUCUCCAGGUUUAAAGAUGACCAACAAGAAUGUGCAGCAGCCAUCAUUUAAAAUACUGCAGCUGACCUGAGCAGAGGGGCCACAGGGUUGUGAUGGGGCCUCUUGGAGGCCCUCUCACUAGCUCAGGCACUCGGUCAGUCCACCUCUAGUGGUGAGCAAAGAUUACCUCAUCUGGUCUGAUCCCACAGAAGAGCUACUGUAGCUAAUAUUGCUGAAAAAAUUUAAUGCUGGCCAAAAUAGAAUGGUGCAUUGUGGUUUGCUGUGUAUGGGGCUGUAGUCAUAGUAAAGCUUGGGUCCUGGCAUGCAUGUGGAUGCUACUUUGACACAUACCACCUACCUAGAGAUUGUUGCAGACCACAUAUAGCCAUUCAAGGCAGUGGUGUUCCCUGAUGGCCUCUUUUAGUGGGAUAAUGCACCCUGCCACAAAUUUAAAAAGUGCACAAUAAGGAGUUUAACGGUGAAGCUCUAACACCUUGAGUGAUAUCCCCUAAACCACCUCUACAAGAGACAUAGAAAACAUACAUACAUAAGGUGGAGCUUCAUAUACUGCCACACUGCAAAAAUUGUUCAGGAAUAAUUUGAGGAACAUAAAAAAGAGUUCAAAGUGUUGCCUUGGCCUCCAAAUUUCACAAUUCUCAAUCCAAAUGAACAUGUGUGGGAUGUGCUGGAAAAACAGAUCCAAUCCAUGGAGGCUUACCUUGCAACUUGCUGGACUUAAAGGAUCUGCUAAUGUCUUGGUGUUUGCACAAAGGGGACCUACACAAUAUUAGGCAGGUGGUUUUAACGUUGUGGCUGAUCAGUGCACACACACACACACUGUUUAUAAGUCAUUUUACAGUGUUUAUAACUGAACACCUGUUUUUGCCACUUGUUAAAGGUUUAUUUAUAUAAUACAACCCCCAGAGCUAUUUUGAGUGAUUAACCAUGGAAUUAUUAAACCCUCUUAUUUGCUGGCUCUAAUCUGAUAUCCUUUAAAUGCUCUUUUAUGUAGAAUUUCCCUAUAAUUUCCUGCAUGUGGUUACUUUUUACUGUACACCUGAGGGAAGAUUAUGCAAACCGUAUCAUAUUUAUAAUUUUAACUGGUUCAUUAGACAUUACAAUAUGUGGGGCAUUACAGUAAUUUAGGGACAUGAAUAGACAAGAGACACAUUUACGUGAUCAAAUAUUUGUUUAUACUAAAUAAUUAAUAAUGAUAUUCUGCUAGAUGCUUCAUGAACAUAUUUAAUGAAGAACAACAAGUUUUGGAACUUUCUGAGUUUGGUUAUAUUGACUUUAAAUUUAAAAUUCACUUUGAUUUUGCACAUUAAUUAAUAACCUUGUAAACUGCAUGAUCAUUUUUUUUUCAAUUGUUUCUUCGAUUUAUUUUUCUUCUAUUUCAUAUAGCUAUUAAUUAUUCAGAUUCUGGUAGAGGCAAUCAAAAAUGAGAAAGAUGUUAAUUUUGCACUCAUUCAAAAAUGUCUACUAGAUUGCCACGCCAUGUGGACAUUCAUGAAACAAAUGAAAUAGGCAACAAGCUGGUUCAGUGUUCAACAAUUCAGAGUUCCGUCCAUGGAAUGGAGAAUAAUUUUUUUUUAUAAUUGCAGUAUGCCAAUUCAUGCCUUUUCAGUGAGAAUUAUUUUUCCUUAAACAAUCGAAACUCAAAGAAACUGAGUCACCACAUGGAAGAAAUAUGCUCUAUUUAAAUAAUAUUUUUUUUCCCAGUCCAAUCAAUUUCGGAGAAGCCGUAUGUUUUCACUAGUUUAAUGUCUACUAUAAAUUUUCAGCUGGCUAAUAAGUGAUUGUUAGCAUAUCAUCUAAUAAGCAUGCACAUAUUUUUCAAAGCCAAUGCCUUGCGCCCUUUUUUGUAUCAGAUGGCUCAGGAAAUAGAUUUCGGGAAAAUCUGUUUUAUGGUCACAGUAGCACGGAACAUUUCUCAGACUUUUUUGCAUACAUAUUGUAUCCUUGUUAUAGAAACUUAGAGAUUAUGACAAAUAUAGAAAAUCAUCACAUGCAUAUUGUUUUCUUAAAGAAAUAAAGAAAGCAUAUAUAAACAUAUUUUUUGUUCUUCAUCUGAUCACACUAUGCAAUACACCUUAAUAAUUUACUUGUGAUGGUAUUGACCUAAUCUGUUUAUUACCAAUACUUUUUUAUUUUUCCUACAUGAUCAAUGCCAUUUCUUGCUUGCAGAAU